AUGGCGUGCCGAGGCGUGGAUAUGUCGGCACUACCAAAAGAGGUCAGGGACCAAUUGGCGGAGUUGGAUUUGGAGCUGUCUGAAGGUAAGGGGCUUGGAGAGUGAAAAGAGAAAGAGUUAAAGAGUUAAAGAGUUGUUGUGUCCGGUAAAUGCUCCAAUGAGUGUGUCCCAGAUAAAAACAUCAACAAACACCCGUCCGGUGUCAGUGGUGAGAACUGCAGUCUAUACCCGGGCAGGCACGACUCGCUCGCGCUGCUCUGUUGCCCGCGAGGAUGAAAACACACUGACCUCCUUUUUUUAAAUUGUCAUUUGAUUAGCUGGUUAGUGUCAUCAAAAAGCUGUUGGUCUUUAUUAUUUUCGCCUGCAAUGUCAUGUCAUAUUGUUGUUGAGUAAUGAGAAUAUAUAGAGAGAUGACUUAUUGGAUGAGGCUUUUGAUGUGGCUACUGUAUUAACUGUAUGCUACAGUAUAUCCCGUGACUGGAUGUUUUUUUAAUAGGGCUAUUUGUUUAUUUAUUUAUAUUUGACAUAAUACUUACCAUCAGAAGUAACCCUAUAGCUCUCAACGUUAACACAAUCUUCCAAUUUGCUUUGCAGAGUCAGUGCAUUCUUCUCUAGUCGCUAGGAUAUAAACUGCCUUCAUGUUAAUUGCAAUAUCAAGGAGCCCAUACAGGUUUUCUUCCUGUCAUAGAAAUUAGGUCAAAGCUCUCUCCCUCUUCACAUGUCUGUUUCUGAAGUCAUGUGGGAAUGCAGCUUUUGCCUUGUUUUGAGAAAUGGCAAUGCUAAAAAGAAAAAGAAAUAAUAUGGUGUUAUGCAAGUCUCCUCCUUGGUGGGUUAAUCACAGUAUUGCUGGAUCUGUGCGGUGCUGUUCCAACGCGCCCGGUUCCAAGUUGCUGGUAAUAGGCUACACCAAUGGUCGGCAACCUUUUCCAUUUGGAGUGCCAAUUUAUCUUACCAUUUCUACCAAUCUGCGUGCCAGUUAUGAUUUUCAUAUGCACAUUUUUGUGGAACAGUUUAAUUUAAUUUCUUAUAGUAUUUUUAUCUAAAAAUCAUUGUCUGUGGUUAAUCUAAAUUAUAUCUAAAUCUAAAUGAAAAUUAUACAAAUCUUAAAGUAACUUUUAUUGCCAUUGUCAACUAUGUAAAAAUAUCCAACAUAAAGCCAACACAUAAAAACAUUGCAGCCUGCAGGCAGAAAAUAUCCUGAUAAAAAUAAAUAUCCUAUGAAUCACAUUGGCUAUGCGUGGCCUGUUUGCAAAGAACUUGAAACAUUAUAUCAACUAUCAACUGGUUCCCCAGAAACUCCUGCUGGCAAACUUAAAACAUUGGAGAAAAUAUUCUGGGCCCUCAGAGUUUCCCGUGCCAGUAAGCAUGGGACGGACACAGCUGUAGGCUAUUUGUGCAAGGGAUAAGAAGUAAUCAGGUUUUUUAUGACGUUUCCACUGGAUCUGAGCAUUACAUUUUUCUCUUUAAUUCCUAGUGGUUAUCGAAAGGAGAGAGCUUGAAAUAUUAUUCCAAUACUUUGAGGAACUAUUGUCAUUGUCAAUUGAUUCUAAAAACAGACUUUGUUUACUUACUGUUUGAGGUGAAAAAAAAUUACUUUGAGAAGCUCCACAGCUCAUUAGUGGUGGUGAGUUAAGACAAUCAGAAAUCUUAUCAGACAUCCCCAAAUGGGUACAUUUAUAGGCCUACAUUUAUGCACAGGCCAGGUAGACUAGUCCUACGUCUAUAUGCGUAAUCAGGUGCUCGUCCUUACUCAACAUUGACAGGAGCGUUUCAAACCAAAGACGAUUAAUAAAUUGACAAAACUUGUAAAUGGAAUGAAAUUAACAAAAACGUCUAUCUCACAAGUGUAGGAUAUGAUGUGAGUUCUGCAAAAGACAUGUCCACUCCGACAAUGAGAAUGGUAAAUUACUGUAAUAAUAAUAUAUUGAAUGCAUUAACAGAAAUUACGGUAACCGAACAAACAUUGGAGAUUAAAAAUAAUGGGAAUUAACAGUAAAUGUAGGCUACAAGUGGUUAUACAGUGGGGAAAAAAAGUAUUUAGUCAGCCACCAAUUGUGCAAGUUCUCCCACUUAAAAAGAUGAGACAGGCCUGUAAUUUUCAUCAUAGGUACACGUCAACUAUGACAGACAAAAUGAGAAAAAAAAAUCCAUAAAAUCACAUUGUAGGAUUUUUAAUGAAUUUAUUUGCAGAUUAUGGUGGAAAAUAAGUAUUUGGUCAAUAACAAAAGUUUCUCAAUACUUUGUUAUAUACCCUUUGUUGGCAAUGACACAGGUCAAAUGUUUUCUGUAAGUCUUCACAAGGUUUUCACACACUGUUGCUGGUAUUUUGGCCCAUUCCUCCAUGCAGAUCUCCUCUAGAGCAGUGAUGUUUUGGGGCUGUCGCUGGGCAACACAGACUUUCAACUCCCUCCAAAGAUUUUCUAUGGGGUUGAGAUCUGGAGACUGGCUAGGCCACUCCAGGACCUUGAAAUGCUUCUUACGAAGCCACUCCUUCGUUGCCCGGGCGGUGUGUUUGGGAUCAUUGUCAUGCUGAAAGACCCAGCCACGUUUCAUCUUCAAUGCCCUUGCUGAUGGAAGGAGGUUUUCACUCAAAAUCUCACGAUACAUGGCCCCAUUCAUUCUUUCCUUUACACGGAUCAGUCGUCCUGGUCCCUUUGCAGAAAAACAGCCCCACAGCAUGAUAUUUCCACCCCCAUGCUUCACAUUAGGUAUGGUGUUCUUUGGAUGCAACUCAGCAUUCUUUGUCCUCCAAACACGACGAGUUGAGUUUUUACCAAAAAGUUAUAUUUUGGUUUCAUCUGACCAUAUGACAUUCUCCCAAUCCUCUUCUGGAUCAUCCAAAUGCACUCUAGCAAACUUCAGACGGGCCUGGACAUGUACUGGCUUAAGCAGGGGGACACGUCUGGCACUGCAGGUUUGAGUCCCUGGCGGCGUAGUGUGUUACUGAUGGUAGGCUUUGUUACUUUGGUCCCAGCUCUCUGCAGGCCAUUCACUAGGUCCUCCCAUGUGGUUCUGGGAUUUUUGCUCACCGUUCUUGUGAUCAUUUUGACCCCACGGGGUGAGAUCUUGCGUGGAGCCCCAGAUCGAGGGAGAUUAUCAGUGGUCUUGUAUGUCUUCCAUUUCCUAAUAAUUGUUCCCACAGUUGAUUUCUUCAAACCAAGCUGCUUACCUAUUGCAGAUUCAGUCUUCCCAGCCUGGUGCAGGUCUACAAUUUUGUUUCUGGUGUCUUUUGACAGCUCUUUGGUCUUGGCCAUAGUGGAGUUUGGAGUGUGACUGUUUGAGGUUGUGGACAGGUGUCUUUUAUACUGAUAACAAGUUCAAACAGGUGCCAUUAAUACAGGUAACGAGUGGAGGACAGAGGAGCCUCUUAAAGAAGAUGUUACAGGUCUGUGAGAGCCAGAACUCUUGCUUGUUUGUAGGUGACCAAAUACUUAUUUUCCACCAUAAUUUGCAAAUAAAUUCAUAAAAAAUCCUACAAUGUGAUUUUUGGGAUUUUUUUUCCUCAAUUUGUCUGACAUAGUUGACGUGUACCUAUGAUGAAAAGUACAGGCCUCUCUCAUCUUUUUAAGUGGGAGAACUUGCACAAUUGGUGGCUGACUAAAUACUUUUCCCCCCCACUGUAUAUGUGAUGGGGAAUUGAUAGACACAGCAAACAAUGCACACAAUGAAGUUAGGAAACAAUGAAUAAAAAGGCGCGAGAGCGCAUUCUGGAGAGAGACGUGCCUUGUGCAUCUGAGCCACAAUCCUCCUAUUCUUGGACCAUGGCAUCCCCGCAGCCUCCUCAAUGGAUUAGUCCACUGAGACAGGUGCAAAUCAGAAAGGUGUCUUGUGUGCCAUUAAAAAAUAAUAUAUUUGCGACUACUCGACUAAAAAAAUCUAAUGUUUUCGUCACAGACCCCUUUUGUCAUACAGUAUUCCAUAUAAGGCACCGAGACCUUAUGAACGUUGCACAGUAUACCCUUAAUCUUGUAAUAAAUCAAAUCUAGUGAUGCAUAACUUGACAUUUCUGCCAUCCAUUGUGACAUUGUGGGAGGAUAACCAACCUUCCAAUUAAUGGCAAUGCAUUUCUUAGCCGCUAUAAAUGCUAGGUUACACAUUUUCUUCUGAUAACGGUUUCCAGUAUCAACAUUUCCAAGCAAACAAAAACAGGGAGAAGGGAGAAUCUGAAUCCAUUUAUCAUCAUCAAUAGUGUCUCCCAGGUCUUCUUCACAUUUUUGCUUGACAUGUUUUGUGUCAUCAGGAAAAGCCUCUAUCAACCCUUGAUACAGUUUGGAAAUCAACUUUAGAGGUUUGUCAGACUGCUUUAAAAUAGUUUCAAUCUUUGAAGCUUCUGGCUUGUCCAGUGUUUGCUGCACAGAGAGAAUAAAGUGUUGUAUCUGCAAAAGUUCGCCUCAGCGUCGUCACAGACUGGUCUUCACUGGUUACAUGACUGUGCUGAGGCCCCUGUCACCAUCUGAUCCUGCUCAGAUGAGGCAUGACAAAGAAUUACCUUGGUGUACAUUUAUUCAUUAUAUUAUCCAAUAAUAUAAUUAAUGGUUCAAUAAUUGAAAUGACCAUUAUUCACAGAUCCCAGACUAUCCAUCAACUCAAGAUGGAACUUUGUAUCCAUUCACUGAUUGUUAUCAUACACUGCAAAAUUCACCUGAGCUCCGUAGACUGGUCUUCCUUGGCUGUCUGACCCUGCUGGGACACCUGUCACCAUUUGAUCCUGCUUAGACAUGAUGAGCAUAGUGUUGUGUACUGACUGUGCACCAUGACAGUGUAGCCUGUAGAGCUGUUUAUACCGUGUUGGUGUGAAAAGUAGGGAAUUAGCUAGGCAAACUGACAGAUCAAUAAUUUGACAUUGCUAUACUGACGCUAAUAAAAACUCACAUUGUGCUGUGAGAAAAUGUCAGAAUAUCGGUCUUCAAUGGUUUGGCCGCUGGUUUCAUCGUUUGAUUUAGGUCUAGUGUGAUUGAUACAAAAAUAAUAGCUAAAAUACUAGCCAACUUUUGGCUAGUUCUAGUGGUACAUCAACUGGUGAAAACUAGCCAAGUUAAUUUACAUCUGUCGAAACGUGACAAAAAAGCUACAAAACAUUUCCAUACACACAACAGCUGUUAGAUGCUGCUACCUGACAGAUAGCUAGAGGCUAGAGCUGAACUGGCUGUGGUAACUGCUAGCUAGCUAGCUUAAUUCUCUUCAGACAGAACUUCAGUCGACAGGUGAUGAAACAUUAGCUAAAUUUACACGUCAUUUACACUACUACCUCAGCACUGGGAAUAUAUAUUUUGUCUUCUGUUAAGUCAAACAGCUGUUACCUUGCCAGCUACAUCAGUCAAAUAAAGAGGUACCAGUUUCUGCUCUGCUUGCUUUUACAACCCAGAGAAAAAGCGCAACACACAGAGACAGCAGCUGCAGACAGCAGCACCGUGCUGGUCCUAUAAUAAUAGCUUUGCCUUCACACAGCCUGUCCGACGCUCUGUGGUGUCCAUCCGGUCCUAAAUCCAGCCCGCUGAAACUGCCAAACAGCCUACCCGACCGCUCUGAGGUGUCCACAUGCUCCUAAAGCACAUCGAUGCUGUUUGUAUCACAGUGCAAUUAUAAAACUGGGGGGGACAAAAAUGCAAUUUCAGAAUGUGGGGAGGUCAUGUCCCCAGUGAAAGUUGCGCCCCUGGCCUAUUGUAGAAGUGCUCACAAAGUGACUUUUUGGACCAGAAUGCCAACAUAUUCAAGAGAUCAAGGUGCUCAAAGUUUACGUAUUUUGCAUACCCCACCAUACCAUGAGACAUCCAUGUCUUCAUCACUGGAAAUUGAUUAAAUUAUAUAUUUUUCCUACAGAUCUACACAACCUACUCCACAUUUUCAAAGUGAUAGAAUGUGAUAGAACAUUUUCCAAAUUAAGAACAAAUACAAAAACUGAAAUAUCAUAAUUGGAUAAGUUUCCACCCCCAUGAGUUAAUACUUGGAGGAAGCACCUUUGUCUGAAGGUACACAGCUGUGAAUCAUUUUCAGCUGAGAAUAAUUUUAAUUCUACCAACUUUGCACAACUCUUACGGCAACAUACAUUGCAUUCGGAAAGUAUUCAGCCCCCUGACUUAAUCCACAUUUUGUUACGUUACAGCCUUAUUCUAAAAUUGAUUACAUUUUUUUCCUUCUCAUCAAUCUACACACAAUACCCCAUAAUGACAAAGCGAAAACAGGUUUUUAGAAAGUUUUGCAAAUUUAUACAAAAACAUACAGUAUCCAGACCCUUGAAAUUGAGCUCAGGUGCAUCCUGUUUCCAUUGAUCACCCUGAUAGAAAGAGGACAGAAAGAAGGGAACACAUUGUUACUUUGGCCCAACGCCUAGAAACUAUGUGUGCAAGGUCAUGAUCAGCUAAUUGCACCCUGAGAGCAGAGACACCUAGUUUGUGCAUGAGUAUAAAGAGUGCUGAAGGGGAGCACCCCUUCAGAGCUUCUGACAGACUUGUAAUUUGAGUAUUAAGUUUGUUUUAACCUCUCCAGCCGUGAUAAUAAAGAUCUGUUCAGUUAACUUUGACUUGGAGUCCUUAGUGGUAAUUUCCAUGACAAUUUGGCGUCACGAAACAGGAUGAUUGAUUCUACCUGUGGAGCUCAGCAUUGGGGGUCUGCGAGGGAACACCGGUGUCACAUUCCAUGUGAAGGCGUGCAAGGGAAAUUCCCGUCUGACCAAAGACGACGUGGACCCGCCCAGACCAGACCUCCACUGUGGGCUGCAUGGGAGAAAACACAUCAUCUACAAAACUUGGAAGGACUGACAACUGAAUAUCAGCAAGUCAAUUUAAAUGAAUUUUGAACAAUAAGAACUGUUUUGAGAAGCUUAGAAAAGGAUCCAGAGUCCCAAGAUGGGACUAGGCGGGGAUAGAGGGACCCCGUCAGCAACGUUGUCUAUAGGUAUUCAGGGAUACUUACGUAGGUCUGGGAACUACAUGGAAGUUCUGGGAACUCCAUUUUAGGAUUUAGAGAAUAGUAAGUGAUUGAGUGGAAUGAUUUUUGCAUGAUUGACUAAUUUACUGAAAAAGGGAAAUUAGUUCCCAGAUGAUUGAGGUAUGAGUGUGAUAAUUGUUAGAGUAAAGUAAAUUGUUAAGGUAUAAUUCAAAGUAAUAAUGGGGAAAGGGAACAGUAAAAGUAGAUAUGAAGACCCAGAUUGGGCACCAAAGGGACCCAGUAAAGUGAUGACUAAAAGUUUUGUAAGUGGGUACUGUGCCAGACAGAAGAUUGGACAGCAUGGACUGAUGGUGGUUUCCCUGAGGAUGGCACCCUGAGCUAUGAGAGGUGACACCCCGGUGAAAGUUGUCCCAAAGAAUAAUCACAGACCAUAUAAAGCUCAGUACCCUCUUAGCAAAGAAGCAGAAAAGGGUAUUAUUCCCAUCCAUCAGGCCCUGGUUGAAAAUGGGGCUUGUAUCCCAUGCCCAAAUUCUCCUUGUAACACCCCUAUUUUACCUGUUAGGAAGCCACCUGGUGAAUAUUGUUUUGUGCAAGAGCUUAGAAUAGUUAAUGAUACUGUUCACGCAAGAGCACCCCUGGUGCCGAACACAGUUACUAUUCCUUCCCAAGUUCCCCCAGGGACCUGCCAUUUUUGCCCAGGAAAUGGUCGAGGAACCUGGAAGGUUUUAUUCCCCCUGGGGGUAGUACUGUGGUUCAAUACGUUGAUGACCUGUUGGUCUGUUCCUCAUCUGAGGAAAUCUGUCACGACGAUACUAAGGCAUUGUUCAUUUUCUUAGCUGAAAAUGGUCAUAAAGCUUCCCCCUCUAAGAUGCAUUUGUGUAGAAGUUCUGUUAAAUAUUUGGGUCAUGACAUUACUUCUGAGGGUCGCGCCCUCUCUAAAGAUAGGCUUGAGGCAAUAAAGUCCCUGCCUAAACCUGCUACUAAUCAGCACAAUGUCGCUGUUGGGAGUGGCUGGCUCCUGUCGCCCAUGGUUGAAAGACUAUGCGGAGACAGUACAGCCUCUGCAGGAUUGUAUUUAUGGCAGAAAGAUGGACAUGUCUGAAGUGGUGGAAUGGACAACUCUAAGCGUUUAGACACUGUUAUCCAAGGCAUGCUUUCUUGCCUCCGCUCUGUUGCUGAGGCAACUGAGGCGGUUUUGGCAUGUUCUGAUAUUGUAGCAAUGACUGAGCUGACGGUGCAUGUUUCCCAUGCGGUUCAUACCAUUAUUACACAAGCUAAAACUGCCCAUCUUACACCUGCCAGAUGAUCAGAACAUCCUUUUGACGAUGUCUCAUAUUACACUAAAGAGACGUACUGUACCUAACCCCUCUACUCUCCUCCCUACAGCUGAUGCCGUUGAAGAACAUGACUGUGAAUUGACCAUUGAGAUUGACUGUAGCCCUAGGCUUGACUUAAAAGACAUUCCUCUUUUGAAUUCGGACUUUGAGUUUUUUGUGGAUGGCUCUGCCCAGCGAAACGACAUGGGUGAACCUUUACUGCCCUACCAAGCAAAAAGGCAGUAACUACUAAUUUGGUCAAAAAUUAGUUAAUCAUUUUUUCUACAUUAAAUAUAUGCUUAAUCAUGUGGACAAUUAUCCUGCCUCUAUUGUAUUGUGUUUUGGAGAAAAUGGGGGUCAUAUUAGCAGUAACUGCAAAAAGUUACUGUGAAACCAAGGUAAAUGGCAGUAACUGAACUUACUGCCUUUUAGCUUGGUUUCAACCUGCCCUUGGCAGCAGUUACUGCCUUUUACCUUGGUAUCAUAUCAUUUUAUUCUGAUAGUGACACAAUCGAACCUGUAUGACACUGACACACACAUGCAUUGCUAAUCUAGGGACACAACAUCAUGGCACAGCAUUCCCUGGGGAAAAUGAUGGUUGAACUUGCUCUGAAACGCCUAAACCAGACACUGGUAAGAACUAGCUAGCUAAGUAGAUCUGAGAACAUAAUUAAUUAGCUAGCAAGCUAAGCUAGCUAACUAGCUAGCGAGCAUAGACUAACAAUGCUACCUUCUCCCAUAAAAGGAGAUCCGCAAUUGAUACUAACUUCAAUCUAUUAGCCCUAUAAUGAUUUAUAUUCUGAAAGUUCAUCUGAUGGUUUAUUUGAAUCUGUAACGUAACAAAAUGUGGAUAAAGUCAACGGGUCUGAAUACUUUCCGAAUUGACUGUAUACUGUAUCCAUAGUUUUUUGUCCAAUUUGCUCAGGCUCAUUGAUCGACAGCGAUAUUUAACCCUUGUCUCUGAUUUUUUAAAAGCAGAUUUAUGUCAGAACUGAGACUAGACCACUCAGAAACACUCAACACGUCUUGGAAAGCUAUUCUGGUGUGUCUUUUGCACAAACAUUUGUGUAAUUGUCCUGCAGAAAAAUAAAACCCUAUUCCAUGGUUAGGUGAAAACACAAAGGGAUCAACAACAUUGCAUUCACUCCAGGUUACUGGCCUUUUAUGGCAAAGUGAAAGGAAAGAAGCCUGUGUAAAAGGAAAUCCACUUCAAACCAUCCAUUCUGUUUGCAACAAGACUGUUAAGUAAUACUGCAAGACAACAUGGCAAAUACAUUACAUUUUUGACCUAAAUUAAAAACUACAGGGUUGGGUCAAAUCCAAUACAACCUCUUUAUUUUCAAGUAUUGUGGUGGCAGCAUCAUGUUAUCGGUAUGCUUGUCAUUGGCAGGGACUGGGAGAGUUUGUCAGGAUCAAAAUAAAUAUGAAAAGAGCAAAGCCCAGGUAAACAGUUAGAGAAAAACCCACAUCAGUCUUCUGACCCUAACCCUGGAAUAGUUAUUUUUUCCCCAAGGCCUCCAUAUCCAUAGCAAAGGUGAUAUAUUUUUUUAUCACUAUUCUGUCACUGCCAGAUCUUUGGUUGUGGGCCCUGGCACUUGUGAUUUUCCAUCAAAUCUGCUGAAUAUAAUUUCCAAAUUUGUCCAAAAGUCACUACCCACCUGUAAUAGGGUUGCUUUUCUGAAACGUCUCAAAGUAAGGCUAACAAGAGAAUCAUAGUAGAAUCAAUUAGCCUGUACACACAUCAUCAAAUACAACCCCCCUGGGAUACAGCCACAGCGACGGCCUCUCCGUGGUUACAAACCAUAAGCAAAUCAAAACAACUCCCUCAAAAAGACGUGUGAAAUCUGUUUUAUCAAAUCAAUUAGAUUGGGCUGUUUGAAUGUCACAGGGCACUUCUGAAAAGGCCUGAGCAAUGGAGGAGACCUAGUUCACUGUAACACACAGUGGGUGACCUCACUUUUACAUGACAGUGUGGCCUCGUUAAUAAUAGACAUCAAUUAACAGUUUGGUUAAGGAGGGGUGAUGCUCUGCUUACGAUCACACGCACACACACCCACACACACACACACACACACACACACACACAGAUGGAGAGAGAGUAGCUAUCUAUUAAUAAUAAUGGCAUGGCACAUUUUAUGAUGUACUGCAUAAACAGACUGUCACUAUUUUUCUGCUGUGUGUGCAAAUCAAGUGGAAAUGUUUGAUGAGAGUGUGUCGUUGUGUGGCAUACACUGGUUGAUUGCCAGUAUGGGAUUUUUGACUGAAGAGUUCAGCAGUAGUAGGCCUAUACAACUCUACUACUCAACUGUAAAUGCCAGCUUGCUGUAUGCUUAUUGGUCCAUUGUCCUCAGACAUUUAGAGCAGUAGUUUCCUACCCCUGAGAAGACCUAGGCCUACGACCAGUUCCUCACGUAGGCCUACCCCUUGACAAUCUCUGUACAUUGGCAGACAGUGUAGCCUUAUUAAAAUAUAGCCUAUAUACAUGUUUAUUAGGAUACAUAGUACUUUGAAUGAUGUUGAAAUAACUUGUAAUUGUUAUGGCUCCAGUAUGAGGUGUUUACUCCCUCCCGUCAGCCUUGUAACCCUCAGCUAGUCCACUGACACUCACCCAGACUCCAUUUUGAGCCCCAGCAGCACAACAUCUAUCGAUUGAUUCACCACAGAGAGAAGGCUGUCUCAUUACUCCAACCACACUGAGCCAUGACCAGAUGGCCGGACCAGAGUGGCCAUGUUUGUAGUUCCAUCAGGCUGCUGGUGGUUGUGGUAUACCUGUAGCUUUAGUGGUAGUAGAUGAAUUGGAUCAGUUGGAACUAGAGUCAGUUAAGACUUCAGCAGCACAGUGACUCAAUAGAAACUCGACACCCCCAGUGUGGCCAUCACUCAACUGUCAUCUCUGUCAUAGCGGUGAAGGGAGGACGACACUGUACUGAACAUCGAACAGUCUUUUCCCCAAUCAUGUCAAAGCUGUUACUGUAAGCACAUAGCCUAUUCUCUUUUAUCUAUGUUUUGGGAAGUACUUUAUCAGUAUUAUGCACCAAAACACAUCAUCAUCCAUUUUAUUGGAUUGCCAGUACAACUACAUUGUAUGGAGUAGGAGCAGUCUUCUUAAUGUUUCUCAUGCAUAUCCUUUACAUUUCUAAUAAUCAGCCCAUUGUUGUCACUCUGUCCCAAAGACAGGACUGCCAUGGCAACAAAUAGAGGAAAUGUGCACCAUCAGCAUAUUUUAGCAUCAGUAGUGGUGGUGCAUUGUGUGUGUGUCUAUGUGUGUCAGUAGUGGUGGUGCAUUGUGUGUGCGUGUGUUAAGUUCUCCUCCACAUAGCUCUAACCCCGGUGACUGUGUGGACACAAUGGGAGCCAUUGAGAGGAUCAAAGCCAUGGUGGCUGGGAGCUCGGCUGGAAUUCAGAACACUCAACCACAACCCUUUGUGUGUAUUAAGCUUCUCAAAUUAACUGUGUCACGCACACAAACACACGCACACAGACAAUGUGUGCCCCUUUGCCUGGUUUUGGUGACCCCCUGCCUGUUCUCCAAGGCCUGUGUGUAUAAUAGUAUUAUAGAAUGGCGUAAGUGGUGUAAUGCUCUGAUAAGAGCUGAGUGGAUAUGACUCCCCUUUGGCUUUGCUCAGGGCCCUGUCUUUGUCCCAGUGUGGACUCUCGUGACUUGUGUGUGUUUGUCCAGUCGUCUGUAUGUGUUUGAGUGUGUGUGUGUGUGUUCUGUCUGUGUUGCUGUGGGAGGAGAGGCAGGUUUUUCAGCACAGCAGCCUGUUCCAUGCUGAGUGGAGAGCGGGAGAGAGCGGGAGAGAGCGAGAGUGAGAGAGAGAACCCCGUGCCUGUCUCCCAAUCUAGGUCACAGAGCAUCAGGAGGCAACAUGCCUGGCUCAUUUAGCCCUCUGAGUCACAGUGAGCCAGCACUGCUGCUGGGGAUCUCUCUCUCUCUCUCUCUCUCUCUCUCUCUCUCUCUCUCUCUCUCUCUCUCUAUCUAUCUAUCUAUCUAUCUAUCUAUCUAUCUAUCUAUCUAUCUAUCUAUCUAUCUAUCUAUCUAUCUAUCUAUCUAUCUAUCUAUCUAUCUAUCUAUCUAUCUAUCUAUCUAUCUAUCUAUCUAUCUAUCUAUCUAUCUAUCUAUCUAUCUAUCUAUCUAUCUAUCUAUCUAUCUAUCUAUCUAUCUAUCUAUCUAUCUAUCUAUCUAUCUAUCUAUCUAUCUAUCUAUCUAUCUAUCUAUCUAUCUAUCUAUCUAUCUAUCUAUCUAUCUAUCUCCCUUUCUCUCUAUCUAUCUCCCUUUCUCUCUAUCUAUCUCCCUUUCUCUCUAUCUAUCGUGCAUAUAGGUGCGCGUGUGUGUGUCUGGGGAAUCUAACGCAAAUGUAGCUGCCCUCACAGUGUUGGCCACAGACACACACUGCAGGAAGCUGCUUUAGCCUAUCCAUUGAAAAGCUCAUUAACUGUGACAGGAGCUGUGCACUGAUCUCCAGCCAUAUAUGAAGGCCAAAAAAUGCCAAAUGGAGAAGGAAGCACAGCUCUACAGUCAGUGUGUGAACCUAUUGUGGAAAAACUGUUUGAAAUGUCCAGGGGAGUUCUCUGUUUUGGAAAUUAAGCAUUUGUGUUACAUAAUAGCAUGCAUCUCACGCUCCCAGACACACUAUAAAACACACACACACACACAGACACACACACUAUUUAGCUCCUUGUAAAGUGUGUGUGCCUACACACACACACACUUACUUAGUGGGGUGGCUGAGUAGUUUCCUAUGGUUCCCAGGCCUCCCCGGGGUGCUAGGCUUUUGCUAUGUGGCUGUAAGGAGAGUGAAUAAUUCAGAUGUGUCUAUGGAAGCCCAUAGGGGUGAGGCAGGCUCUCUAGUUGACUUGCAUACACACGCUCGCACGCACACACACGCACAUGGGCGCCUGACUUUGUCUGAAAGUAGGGGUGCAAACAAAUUGAAUUUAACAUUUUAAAACCAUUUACUGCAAUUCUACACUGUUUCUUUACAGCGGGAAUCCAUAUUUAUGAACAAAACACACAAAAAAAUUGUAGGUUUAUAUUGAACUCGAGUACUCGAAUGAAAACAAACAGAAAAAAUAUGUUUGCAUUUAUCUACAGUGGGGGAAAAAAGUAUUUAGUCAGCCACCAAUUGUGCAAGUUCUCCCACUUAAAAAGAUGAGAGAGGCCUGUAAUUUUCAUCAUAGGUACACGUCAACUAUGACAGACAAAAUGAGAUUUUUUUUUCCAGAAAUCACAUUGUAGGAUUUUUUAUGAAUUUAUUUGCAAAUUAAGGUGGAAAAUAAGUAUUUCGUCAAUAACAAAAGUUUCUCAAUACUUUGUUAUAUACCCUUUGUUAGCAAUGACACAGGUCAAACGUUUUCUGUAAGUCUUCACAAGGUUUUCACACACUGUUGCUGGUAUUUUGGCCCAUUCCUCCAUGCAGAUCUCCUCUAGAGCAGUGAUGUUUUGGGGCUGUCGCUGGGCAACACGGACUUUCAACUCCCUCCAAAGAUUUUCUAUUGGGUUGAGAUCUGGAUUCUGGCUAGGCCACUCCAGGACCUUGAAAUGCUUCUUACGAAGCCACUCCUUCGUUGCCCGGGCGGUGUGUUUGGGAUCAUUGUCAUGCUGAAAGACCCAGCCACGUUUCAUCUUCAAUGCCCUUGCUGAUGGAAGGAGGUUUUCACUCAAAAAUCUCACGAUACAUGGCCCCAUUCAUUCUUUCCUUUACACGGAUCAGUCGUCCUGGUCCCUUUGCAGAAAAACAGCCCCAAAGCAUGAUGUUUCCACCCCCAUGCUUCACAGUAGGUCCUCUGUAGCUCAGCUGGUAGAGCACGGCGCUUGUAACGCCAAGGUAGUGGGUUCGAUCCCCGGGACCACCCAUACGUAAAAAUGUAUGCACGCAUGACUGUAAGUCGCUUUGGAUAAAAGCGUCUGCUAAAUGGCAUAUUAUUAUUAUUAUUAUUAUAUGUUCUUUGGAUGCAACUCAGCAUUCUUUGUCCUCCAAACACAACGAGUUGAGUUUUUACCAAAAAGUUAUAUUUUGGUUUCAUCUGACCAUAUGACAUUCUCCCAAUCCUCUUCUGGAUCAUCCAAAUGCACUCUAGCAAACUUCAGACGGGCCUGGACAUGUACUGGCUUAAGCAGGGGGACACGUCUUGCACUGCAGGAUUUGAGUCCCUGGCGGCGUAGUGUGUUACUGAUGGUAGGCUUUGUUACUUUGGUCCCAGCUCUCUGCAGGUCAUUCACUAGGUCCCCCCGUGUGGUUCUGGGAUUUUUGCUCACCGUUCUUGUGAUCAUUUUGACCCCACGGGGUGAGAUCUUGCGUGGAGCCCCAGAUCGAGGGAGAUUAUCAGUGGUCUUGUAUGUCUUCCAUUUCCUAAUAAUUGCUCCCACAGUUGAUUUCUUCAAACCAAGCUGCUUACCUAUUGCAGAUUCAGUCUUCCCAGCCUGGUGCAGGUCUACAAUUUUGUUUCUGGUGUCCUUUGACAGCUCUUUGGUCUUGGCCAUAGUGGAGUUUGGAGUGUGACUGUUUGAGGUUGUGGACAGGUGUCUUUUAUACUGAUAACAAGUUCAAACAGGUGCCAUUAAUACAGGUAACGAGUGGAGGACAGAGGAGCCUCUUAAAGAAGAAGUUACAGUCUGUGAGAGCCAGAAAUCUUGCUUGUUUGUAGGUGACCAAAUACUUAUUUUCCACCAUAAUUUGCAAAUACAUUCAUUAAAAAUCCUACAAUGUGAUUUUCUGGAAAACAUUUUCUCAAUUUGUCUGUCAUAGUUGACGUGUACCUAUGAUGAAAAUUACAGGCCUCUCUCAUCUUUUUAAGUGGGAGAACUUGCACAAUUGGUGGCUGACUAAAUACUUUUUUCCCCCACUGUAUAUGCCAACAGAGCUCAACAAUGCCUAAUUUAUCAUAACCAUUACAGAGAACAAAUCCUAAUUGCUAAAUUGCCCCAUAGACACUGAGUAUACCAAACAUUAGGAACACCUUCCUAUUAUUGAGUUGCAACCCCUUUUGCCCUCAGAACAGCCUCAAUUUGUCGGGGCAUGGACUCUACAAGGUGUCGAAAGCGUUCCACAGGGAUGCUGGUCCAUGUUGAAUCCAAUGCUUCCCACAGUUGUGUCAAGUUGGCUGGAUGUCCUUUGGAUGGUGGACCAUUCUUGAUACACACGGAAAACUGGUGAGUGUGAAAAACUCAGGAGCGUUUCGGUUCUUGACACAAACCAUUGCGCCUGGCACCUACAAUACCCCGUUCAAAGGCACUUACAUUUUUUGUCUUGCCCAUUCACCCUCUGAAUGGUACACAUACGCAAUCCAUGUCUCAAUUGUCUCAAGGCUUAAAAAUCCUUAAUUAACUUGUCUCAUCCACUUCAUCUACACUGAUUGAAUUGGAUUUAACAAGUGACAGCAAUAAUGGAUCAUAGUUUCCCCUGGAUUCACAUGGUCAGUCUAUGUCAUGGAAAGAGAAGGUGUUCUUAAUGUCUUGUAUACUCUGUAUAUUCAGUCAAUAAAAAAAGAAGUUCCAUUUAAGACUAAUUUAUUGAAACUGUAAUAUCAACUGGUUAUGUUAUAUCGGGGAACACAAUCUUCAAAAAGGCAGUAACCUCAGCAGUGGCGCUUGCUUGUAGAAGCCUAUGGCUGUGCAGUGGCAUAGCCUUGUUUUGUUAAUUUAGCAGACAAGACCCUCUUAUUUCCCGAGCCCUUAUCACAGUCAAGACGCACCUACAGCGCCUUCAGAAAGUAUUCACACACCUUGACUUUUUCCACAUUUUGUUGUGUUACAUACUGAAUUUAAAAUGGAUUAAAUUGAGAUUUUUGGUCACUGGCCUACACACAAUACCCCAUAAUGUCAAAGCGGAAUCAUGUUUUUAGAAAUGUUUACACUUUUUAUUAAAAAUGAAAAGCUGAAAUGUCUUGACUCAAUAAGUAUUUAACCCCUUUCUUAUGGCAAGCCUAAAUAAGUUCAGGAGUAAAAAUUAGCAUAACAAGUCACAUAAUAAGUUGCAUGGACUCACUCUGUGUGCAAUAAUAGUGUUUAACAUGUUUUUUGAAUGACUACCUCAUCUCUGUACCCCACACAUACAGUUAUCUGUAAGGUCCCUCAGUCGAGCAGUGAAUUUCAAACACAGAUUCAGCCACAAAGACCAGGGAGAUUUUCCAAUACUUCGCAAAGAAGGGCACAUUCUGAUUGGUAUAACUAAAUAAAAAGCAGACAUUGAAUAUCCCUUUGAGCAUGGUGAAGUUAUUAAUUACACUUUGGAUGGUGUAUCAAUACAACCAGUCACUACAAAGCUACAGGCGUCCUUCCUAACUCAGUUGCCGGAGAGGAAGGAAACCACUCAGGGAUUUCACCAUGAGCCCAAUGGUGACUUUAAAAAAAGUUACAGAGUUUAAUGGCUGUGAUAGGAGAUAACUUAGGAUGGAUCAACAACAUUGUAGUUACGACACAAUACUAACGUAAUUGACGGAGUGAAAAGAAGGAAGCCUGUACAGAAUACAAAUAUUCCAAAACAUGCAUCCUGUUUGCAACAAGGCAAAGCAAUGAACUUUUUGUCCUGAAUACAAAGCGUUAUCUUUGGGGCAAAUCCAAUACAACACAUUACCGUUGAGCUCUCUCCAUAUUUUCAAGCAUAGUGGUGGCUGCAUCAUGUUUUGGGUAAGCUUGUAAUAUUUAACACUGGGGAGUUUUUCAGGAUAAAAAAUAUACGCUAAACACAGGAAAAAUCCUAGAGGAAAACCUGGUUCAGUCUGCUUUCCACCAGACACUGGGAGAUUAAUUCACCUUUCAGCAGGACAAUAACUUAAAACAAGGCCAAAUCUACAGUGGCGUUGCUUACCAAGAAGACAGUGAAUAUUCCUGAGUGUCCGAGUUACAGUUUUUACUUAAAUCUACUUGAAAAUCUAUGGCAAGACCUGAAAAUGGUUGUCUAGCAUUGAUCAACAAUCAACUUGACCGAGCUUGAUGAAUUUUGAAAAGAAUAAUGGACAAUGUUGGACAAUCCAGGUGUGGAAAGCUUUUAGAGACUUACCCAGAAAGAUUCCCACCUGUAAGUAUUGACUCUGGGGUUUGAAUACUUAUUUCUUUAUUUCAUUUUCAAUAAAUUAGCAAACAUUUCUAAAAACAUGUUGUCAUUAUGAGGUUUAUUCUGCCUGUUCUUUGGAAUUUUCUAAAUGGACAAUUCCACAUUGAACACUGCAUGGUGAUGAAUUACGGCGACAACAUCUGUUUGGUGGGUAGGCCUAGGCUUAAUGAUUCUAAUGAAAAUAUGCUCUUUGUCUUUAUCAAACUAAUAUUUUUGCAUAUUUUUAGUUUGGAACCUGUCUAUUGUUUAGGGGGGUUAUAGCCUAGCCCUAGGCUAACCAAUUCAAAAUGGCACUAGCGGUUCGCAAAGUAACCUAAGUGGUAAAUAGACAGGACGCAAUUAUUCCAAAGCUGCAGCUCGGCCUCCCGAGUGGUGCAGUGGUCAAAGGCAAGGCACUGACUUCGGUCGCCAGCUGGACAGUAUUUCCGCCGACACAUUGGUGCGGCUGGCUUCCGGGUUAAGCGAGUAGUGCAGUGCGGCUUGGCAGGGUCGUGUUUCGGAGGACGCAUGGAUCUCGACCUUCGCCUCUCCCGAGUCCGUAGGGGAGUUGCAGCGAUGGGACAAGACUGUAACUACCAAUUGGAUAUCACGAAAAAGGGGUAAAAGUACACAACAAAAAUAAAAUAAUUAAACAACUUCAAUACUUCAAUCAACCAGUCCAUUUUGAAUAUGUGAUAAAACUGUUGUCAUUUGGCUGUCACGUACGUUCAUUGACGGGUCAGACCAAGGCGCAGCGUGAUAUGCAUACAUGUUUAUUUGAACCGAAUAAACAACGACAAAACAACAAACUAAACUAAACGUGAAGUCCAAGGUACACAAACAACAUAUCUCACACGGAACAAGAUCCCACAACCCACUAGUGCCAAUAGGCUGCCUAAGUAUGGUCCCCAAUCAGAGACAACGAGCGACAGCUGCCUCUGAUUGGGAACCACACCGGCCAACAUAGAUCUAGACAUACUAGAUAGAAAAAAUAGACCUACACAACAUAGAAUAUACACACCCUGACUCGACAAAUAAGCGCCCCCCGGUGGAGCGGAUAGGUGGUUGUCACGCCCGGAGCCGACCGCACAACCUUUACUUAACAGGGUAGGGGCCGGGUGGGCAUUCCACCUCGGAGGCGGAUCCGGCUCCGGGCGUGACAACCACCUAUUCUCCGCCUCCCUGUUGCGCCCCUGGUCUGGACCUCGGCGCGCUGCUUCCCCUCUCCUUCCUCCCACUAUACUCCAAGCCCUGUCUGGACCCUGGUGUGGGAGACCCCGAACCUGGAGAGGGGCUGACGUCUGGGUCUGGACUGGAGCCGCUGACCGGAGCUGGACUGGGCACCGGUGGAGCGGACUGCUCUGGCUCCGGAGUGGAGCCGCUGACCGGAUCUGGACUGGACCCCAGUGGAGCGGACUGCUCUGGCUCCGGAGUGGAGCCGCUGACCGGAGCUGGAUCAGGCACCGGUGGAGCGGACUGCUCUGGCUCCGGAGUGGAGCCGCUGAACGGAGCUGGACUGGACCCCGGUUGAGUGGACUGCUCUGGCUCCGGAGUGGAGCAGCUGACCGGAGCUGGAUCAGGCACCGGUGGAGCGGACUGCUCUGGCUCCGGACUGGAGCAGCUGACCGGAGCUGGAUCAGGCACCGGUGGAGCGGAUUGCUCUGGCUCCGGACUUGAGCUGCUGACUGGUGCCGGACAAGGCACCGGUGGAACGGGCAUGGGCCGUGCCGGACUGGACACACUCACCACUGGUCUGGUGCGAGGAGCAGGCACGGCGGCCGAACCGGACUAGGAACAUGCACCACUGGCUUGGUGCGAGGAGCAGGAACAGGCCGGGCCGGACUGGCGACCCGCACCACUGGCUUGGUGCGAGGUACCGGACAUGCAGCUUUCUGCAAAGGUGCAACCUUUGGUAGGCUGAUGGAAGACUACUCUGAGUCAGUGGGAGAAUCUCAAUUGCAUACUCCUCGCAUCCUCUCUCCUUCUCAAAAUCCAUUCGAUGAGACAGCCAGAAGUCCCCUCUGACCUUCUCCUCCAAUAGGUUUUGAGAGAUGAGGCAAGGAGUGAGGAGAGAGGAUGCAAGCAAUUGAGACACUCCCAGAGGCUGCGAUACAGUGAAGCCUAAUCAGACAUGCCUGUGCUCAUCAUGGUUCAUACAGGCAAAGUGAAAAGACAAAAUAGGGGUGCAAAUGUUUUUGAAAGUGAGGAUUCAGCUGCUCCAUUUGCUCCAUUUGCUCCAUUGCUAUGCAUGCACACACACACGCACACACACCCUCAACGUCAGCAAGACAAAGGAGCUGAUCGUGGACUACAGGAAACAGAGGACCGAGAACACCCCCAUUCACAUCGACGGGGCUGUAGUGGAGCGGGUCGAGAGCUUCAAGUUCCUCGGUGUCCACAUCACUAAGGACCUAUCAUGGUCCAAAUACACUAACACAGUCGUAAGAGGGCACGACAACGCCUCUUCCCCCACAGGAGGCUGAAAAGAUUAGGCAUGGGCCCUCAGAUCCUCAAAAGGUUCUACAGCUGCACCAUUGAGAGUAUCUUGACAGGCUGUAUCACCGCUUGGUAUGGCAACUGCUUGGCAUCUGACCGUAAGGCGCUACAUAGGGUAGUGCGUACGGCCCAGUACAUCACUGGGGUCAAAGGAAGGCCUUAACAAUUGUCAAAGACACCAGCCACCCAAGUCAUAGACUGUUCUCUCUGCUACCGCAUGGCAAGCGGUGCUGGGGUGCUAAGUCUAGGACCAAAAGGCUCCUGAACAGCUUCUACCCCCAAGCCUUAAGACUGAGAAACAGUUUUCAAAUGGCUACCCGGACUAUUUGCAUUUACCCUAUUUUUUUGCACUGACUCUUGCACUGGCUGUAUGCACACUCACUGGACACAUACACACACUGCAUACACUCACACACACAAAACCCACACACAUGGAUAUUGACGACACUCACACAUAGACACACAUUCACACUCUUUCGCACUCUUCACAUACGCUGCUGCUACUCUGUUUAUUAUCUAUCCUGAUUGCCUAGUCACUUUUAUCCCUACCUACAUGUACAUAUUACCUCAACUACCUCAUACCCCUGCACAUUGACUCGGUACCGGUACUCCUUGUAUAUAGCCUUGUUAUUGUUAUUUGAUUGUGUUACUAUUUACUUCUUUUAUUUUGCUUUUUAACUCUGCAUUGUUGGGAAAAGGCUCGUAAGUAAGCAUUUCACGGUAAAGUCUAAACCUGUUGUAUUCGGCACAUGUGACAAAUACAAUUUGAUUUGACACAGACUGGCUCCUCCACUCCAGUCUCCACUUUCACACUAGACUCACACCUAUAAUCCACUCUCAAGACAAGAGGGAGGUCCACUGUCAAGUUCAGAGUCCAGAUCCCAAUCUAGGCCUACAUUCAAGUUCAACCAUUGUUUGCCCCACAUACAGACCCUUCCCAUGCUACUAGCUAUACUUCAAGAAAAAGGUGUUGGUGUGGCAGAUGUUAUGUUGUGAAUACGUUAUUACGUAGUUACUUACUAGACCUACUACUAGCUUAUUACUACAGUACUACAACGUAUUAUCUUGUCCAAUGCUCCUCCUGUGGCUGUCUGAUAGAAAGAGAAAGAGAGAGAGCGAGAGAGAUAGGAGAGUAGUAGUUUUAGCUUUAGUGUUAGCAUUAGCCAUGAGCCCAGGCCACUGUGGUGCACUCUGAAUUAUUGAACAGAGCUGAGUGGAUUCUGCCGCAGGACAGCUGAGUGAGUCUGCAGAACCAUUAGACUCACAUAUCAAUAAACCUACUGGGCCUGUUAGCAUUAGCAAAUGUUUUUAUUGCACUAUUAGUCUUUACAGUAUACAGUCUUUUCAGUACUUGACAGUGUGAAUUGUAGGCCUACUUUGCGUUAGUUUAGUAUUGUAGGCCUAUAGCAUGACUUAGCAUUAGCAGUCUCAGACAGUGCAUGGCAUGAAUAAUGCUACAUGUAUGGCCCAUAUAAUAAAUAAUAGAUACACAUUUGGAUGAAGAGACCAUUCUCCCCCUCCUCCCCAGACAAAAACACAGAUCAACCACUGGCUUGGCCCAUUGGCGAUUAUAGUCAGACAGUCUUGCCUGAGGUGUGGGCACUGAUGAUCACCCCAUACCACACACACACACAAACACUCCGGGGUGAAAAAGCCACACUCCCAGGUUCCCUAAGGAUGUAACAGGGUAGUUAUUUUGGACAUCCUGUCCAAAACCAGUCAUUAGUGGGUUGUGUUUUAAAAGCACAAGUAAUAACAGUAUGUAGUGUGUGUGUGUGUGUGUGUGUGUGUGUGUGUGUGUGUGUGUGUGUGCUUUUGAUGACAGUUCAGAGCACGGGGGUGGGUGUAGUGUAGUGUGUAAUGUGUCAGCCUGUCAUUGUGAUAAGGUAUUGAAGUAGGAGGAGCAGGACAGGAACCUCUGUAAGACAGGUGUGCUAUGAGUCAGUUGGGCCUUGCCUAGCACUGUUGUCUUCCACUGAGGGCGGGAGAGGGGGAGGGGGAGGAAGGAGGGGGACAGGGGGACAGGGGGUAGGUAACUCACCUUUUUCACUGCAGUAUCAGUCUGCUCCCACUCCCCUUAGGUGUCCCCUUCACCACACCAACAUACGCUGCAGGUACUAACUUCCUUGUUUACACUGUCUUGCUGUUAGGUCAAUGACAGCAUGAAAUCAUUUAUUUGUUCAUGAACUCCCCGACAGUGUGUGUGUGUGUGUGUGCGUGUGUGUGAAUGGCUUUUCCCCACCCAUGAGCAGUAUGUCAUUAGUGUGUAGUGUGUAACAUGAGUCACCUGUCUUUACCUGUGUGUGUGGACACACCCUGCUGCUGUUACUGAGAGGGAAGCACUUCCUCUAGAGACAGAAACCUCAAUGGAAAAAGGAGGGGUGAAUCAAAAUAGAGAGUCAAGCGUUGCUGUUUGUGUGUCUUUGUGUGUUUGCUCAAGAUUCUUUGUUGCUGAGGAUAGUCUUUUGUCAAUGAGGAUAGUCUUUUGUCCAUGAGGAUAGUAUUUUGCAAAUAAACCUACCAUUAAAAUUAUAGACUGAUCAUGUCUUUGUCAGUGGGCAAACGUACAAAAUCAGCAGGGGAUCAAAUACUUUUUUCCCUCACUGUACAUUUAUCAGACACAUAGUGAUGUUUUCCUACCUCGCUCUAACUUUUAAUAACCUCCCCUCAACUACCUCUUCAACCUCAUAUGACAAAGGCAAAAACCCUUUUGAGAACAAGAUGGCCACACCCCCCACUUUUGAGUUUUUAUGACUACACACCACUGUCCCCCACCCCACUCCUGUUGCCACAUAACUUCAUUUUCCAUAUUACUAUGCGUUUCUUGUAGAAAACGUAUGUCACUUCCCUUUCCCCUAGAUAACUCAUACACAACGGGUCUUUUUUUAACGUCUCUCGCCCCAUUUACAUUUAAAGAAGACAUUUUAAAACUGCUCAUGGAUGAAAAAAAAAAAUACAGAGGAAGACACAGAAACCACAUCUCUUUACAGAGUUAAGGCUGCGACUGAACUCUUUCAUUUCCUUUAGAAUUUAUAUCACUUAUCACUCUCAUGACCACUUUCUUGACUCUAGCAAUUUCAGGGCUUGUCAAACCUCCCCCCAUUAUUUUUGACACCAGAAACUUUGCGGAUUCAAUAAACAAUUCACUUUCAGGAAAAAAAUCUGUUACAUUAUAAUCCUGCAUAUAUUUCUUCCCUUUUGUCAAAUUCAGAAAUUGACGUACCUUCUCAAUCCCAUACCUCCCUUCCACCCCAUUUCUCUCACUAUUUUGUUGUGACGCGUCAGAUGACUCACUCUUGCUAUCCUCCCCAGAAGAAAACUCCACCAUCUCUACAACCUGUUGAUCCUCAACUGAUUUAUCAAUCUCUACCUUCCUCUUAGAAUUAGACCCUUCACCACCCCUUAAAUUCUUCCUCUUACUCCUCGGUACUUUGAAAACAGCUGCUUCCUUUUCCAUUAUUUCAAUCUCCUCCUGACCUCCAAUUUCAUUUUCCAGCACCACCUCAGCGACCGCAGUCGCAAUCUCACCGACUAUUUCCCCUCUCUCUUUGUUCUGAUCUACCACAAUUGCCCCCGUAGCCACACUGCUUUUCUUUCCUACUUUCCCAACCACAUCUGCCCACCUUCUCCCUUCCCCUCCACCCUUAGAAUGUUCAUCCCUUCGCGGGGGUGCAUUAGCUGCACCAGCACUAGAGCUGCUACCGGGCUCUGCGCGAUCGUUCUCGGGACAAUAAUGUACCAAAUGCCCCUCUCUUCCACAGCCAAAGCAUUUCAUUGAUUCAGUAGAAGCGUAGAAGACAUAAUCAAAUCCAUCAAUCUGAAAAGUGAACGCUAAAUUCAUUUCGUCAGUGUCCUUCUUUAAAAUCAUAUGCACUUGUCUCCUAUGAGACACGACAUGUUUCAGCAAAGGUGAUUUGCAUCCAAAAAUAACCUUCUUUAUUGUAGAUACAAGUUGACCAUGACAAGAUAACUCUCGCUCCAACACUUAAUCUCUAACAAAUGGUGGCACGUUAGAAAGUAUAACUUUCUUCGCCGGAUUCAUAAGAGGAAAUACCGACGUCUGUGUCGCCCGCAACACAACACCACUUUCAACUAUAGUAUUCACCUUUUCAAUGGAAUCUAAGAAUAGAACAGGGUAGGAAGGAUCAUUAGGGAUGUGGUUGGUUGGUUCCUUGAAAACAGGGUUUUAUUUGAGUUCGAAAAGUGGAGUAAGUUCUUGCUAAACAGACUAGCCUAACAACAUGGUGUCACUGGGAAGCUGUAAGUUAGUGAGACAGAUGGGUGGCGAUACUGUGUGUGUGUGUGGGUUGAAGGGGGGUUAUCUUUUGGCAGGAGUGGGCUGGUUGGCUGCUGGUAGGGGAAACCCUGGGGGAGGUUUUAGUAGGAUGUUUGUUACACAGAUAGAAACAUGCUGGUUCUUUGGGAAGGGCUGUUUGGCUGUGAUUCACACAAGUUCCCUUAGCUCUCCCAGACCCACCACCAGAUAUUGUGCAACAUACCAAACAGUUAGCCCAACAACUAUAGCCUAAUCCAGUUGAAAGAUACCCUAAAAGUCAUUACGUCUUGGAACGAUGUGAAACAUAUUAAUCUUGAACAUGCUCCCUUUGAUCGCCUUAUGGAGUGUGUCCAUCAGCCUUGGAUAGCAUGGUGGAACACACACACACACAGAACUAGGGCUGGGAAUUGCCAGGGACCUCACGAAACAAUAUUAUCACCAUACUUAGGUGCCGAUACGAUAUCUAUUGCGAUUCUAUAUAUAUAUUGCGAUUCGAUACUGUGAUUUUAUUGCGAUUCGAUGUUCCAACAUAUUGCUCACCAUAUGUCUGCUGCAGAGAGACAAGAGAGAGCCAUGAGAAAACGAGUUUUGAUCAGUCAUGGAAAUAAUGUGCUGAAAGAAAAUUGGCUCCCUAUUUAAAAAGAAGAUGUAGAACAAGCUAUGAAGGAAAAAUACUGGAGUUUGAUGCAGGUACAGCCAACUAGCACAAAAAUUAUAUUGCGACAUUGACAAAACAAUAUGAUAUAUCGUCAAAAAUAAUAUGUAACCUUAUUUCCCAUCACUACACAGAACACACGUCAGUGCAUGUAGGGUGCUGUGGAGGGGGAGUGAGAGGACCAUAUGUCAUCCUGUGUCCUGCUGUGACAUGAUUUCUAUGGAUUUCACAUGACUGGGCAGGGGCACAGCCAAUCGGAAUGAGUUUUUCCCCACAGAAGGGCUUUAUUACAGACAGAAAUACUCCUCGGCCCCCCCCCCCCGCUCCCUACUCAGACGAUCCCGCAGGUGAAGAAGCCGGAUGUGGAGGUCCAGGGCUGUCGUGGUUACACGUGGUCUGCGGUUGUGAGGCUGAUUGGACGUACUAACAAAUUCUCUAAAACGACGAUGGAGGCGGCUUAUGGUAGAGAAAUAAACAUUACAUUCUCUGGCUACAGCUCUGGUGGACAUUCCUGCAGUCAGCAUGCCAAUUGCACACUCCCUCAAAACUUGAGACAUCUGUGGCAUUACAAUUAUAGAUUGAUCAUUUCUUUGUCAGUGGGCAAACGUACAAAAUCAGCAGGGGAUCAAAUACUUUUUUCCCUCACUGUAGAAACUAUUUUCCCUAUGGUCAAAUAAAAUCCCAGAAUGGUUUUGGCCACUGUAAAACCUACUACCAGAUAGAUGCUUCCAGAAUAAGAAGUGUAUGUUCACAGAAGUAGUUUGGACAUAAAGAGACUAACAUGGCUUUAGCUGCUGGGGAAACCAUGUAACCAUGACACUGGCUCUUCUUUAGGAACUGGCUGUGUGAUCAAAUAGAAACAUGUCACCAUGUAUCACUGUCUGUCCCAGAAUGCCCAUGUUGAUGCAUCCCUACAUUUGGGUAAUUUACUCUGUUUCAAUGUGCAUCUAAAUAAAAUAGACCUAUUGACCUGUGUCUCUGUGAAGGCUAGACUACGUACAGUUGAAGUCGGAAGUUUACAUACACCUUAGCCAAAUACAUUUAAACUCAGUUUUUCCACAAUUCCUGACAUUUAAUCCUAGUAAAUAUUCCCUGUCUUAGGUCAGUUAGGAUCACCACUUUAUUUGAAAAAUGUGAAAUGUCAGAAUAAUAGUAGAGAGAAUGAUUUAUUUCAGCUUUUAUUUCUUUCAUCACAUUCUCAGUUGGUCAGAAGUUUACAUACACUCAAUUAGUAUUUGGUAGCAUUGCCUUUAAAUUGUUUAACUUGGGUCAAACGUUUCGGGUAGCCUUCCACAAGCUUCCCACAAUAAAUUGGGUGAAUUUUUGCCCAUUCCUCCUGACAGAGCUGGUGUAACUGAGUCAGGUUUGUAGGCCUCCUUGCUCGCACAUGCUUUUUCAGUUCUGCCCACAUAUUUUCUAUAGGAUUGAGGUCAGGGCUUUGUGAUGGCCACUCCAAUACCUUGACUUUAUUGCGACAAAACUUUAACUUCCUGACUGAUGUUUUGAGAUGUUGCUUCAAUAUAUCCACAUAAUUUUCCUUCCUCAUGAUGCCAUCUAUUUUGUGAAGUGCACCAGUCCCUCCUGCAGCAAAGCACCCCCACAUCAUGAUGCUGCCACCCCGUGCUUCACGGUUGGGAUAGUGUUCUUCGGCUUGCAAGUUACCCCCUUUUUCCUCCAAACAUAAUGAUGGUCAUUAUGGCCAAACAGUUCUAUUUUUGUUUAAUCAGACCAGAGGACAUUUCUCCAAAAAGUACGAUCUUUGUCCCCAUGUGCAGUUGCAAACCGUAGUCUGGCUUUGUUAUGGCGGUUUUGGAGCAGUGGCUUCUUCCUUGCUGAGCGGCCUUUCGGGUUAUGUCGAUAUAGGACUCGUUUUAACUGUGGAUAUACAUACUUUUGUACCUGUUUCCUCCAGCAUCUUCACAAGGUCCUUUGCUGUUGUUCUGGGAUUGAUUUGCACUUUUCGCACCAAAGUACGUUCAUCUCUAGGAGACAGAACGCGUCUCCUUCCUGAGCGGUAUGACGGCUGCGUGGUCCCAUGGUGUUUAUACUUGCGUACUAUUGUUUGUACAGAUGAACGUGGUACCUUCAGGCGUUUGGAAAUUGCUCCCAAGGAUGAACCAGACUUGUGGAGGUCUUUUUUCUGAGGUCUUGGCUGAUUUAUUUUGAUUUCCCCAUGAUGUCAAGCAAAGAGGCACUGAGUUUGAAGGUAGGGCUUGAAAUACAUCCAAAGGGUACACCUCCAAUUGACGCAAAUUAUGUCAAUUAGCCUAUCAGAAGCUUCUAAAGCCAUGACAUCAUUUUCUGAAAUUUUCCAAGCUGUUUAAAGGCACAGUCAACUUAGUGUAUGUAAACUUCUGACCCACUGGAAUUGUGAUACAGUGAAUUAUAAGUGAAAUAAUCUGUCUGUAAACAAUUGUUGGAAAAAUUACUUGUGUCAUGCACAAAGUAGAUGUCCUAACCGACUUGCCAAAACUAUAGUUUGUUAACAAGAAAUUUGUGGAGUGGUUGAAAAACGAGUUUUAAUGACUCCAACCUAAGUAUGUAAACUUCUGACUUCAACUGUAUUUGUAUACUGAAUCCCUAUGUGUAUAUUAUUGACUCUGUCUGUUCAGGGAAAAGCACUCUAAUCCCUUUAGAAUCCCUAUAGAAGGAGACCACUGCAACAUCUAAAACUCACCUUGGCAUUUCCUACCUUUUCCUCAGCCAGGCCUCUAAUCUGUAAUCUGGGUUUAUGUCAGCUGCCCGCUGAGAGCUCUCUGAGAUGAUGCUACCCAGAAGGAAUGUAAUUUUUGGCCUCAGAUAAACCCGUUCAGAUUAGGUGAACCGUCAGACACUCGAAACCCUCAGCCCUUAUCGAAGCGUUAUUGAAAUGUCAUCUCAGCUAACCGUCAGACAACGGAAACCCUCUGCCUUUAUCAAAGCGUUAUUGAAAUGUUAUCUUGGACUCAGCAGGGCGGUCAGGGGUUCAUUCAACAGCUGUUCACGGGGAGGGAGGGAGGUGGGGGAGGAGGUAGAACAGAGGGCUUGAGGGAGGGCAUAUUUAUCAUCUGUGUUCAACGGGGGGAUAACGAGGUGAAUGCACUCCAGAUGGAUUGUGUAUGCGUGGGAGAGUGUGUGCGUGUGUGUGGCAGCAGUGCCUACGGAGGCGGUUGGCGGAGAGGCUGCUCUGCUUCAAGGCCAGAUUCUCAGGCAGAGAGCUCAGUGAAUCAGAGAGAGAGAGAAGAGAGAGAGAGAAGAGAGACAGAGACAGAGAGACAGAGACGGAGAGACAGAGAGACAGAGACAGAGAGAGAGAGAGAGAGAGAGAGAGGCUGACUUAGACACGCUCACUAUGACCUGCCAUCACCCCACUUCUACAUGAAUCCACCUCUGUGCACCCCUCCUUUCCUCCCCCAAGUCCCCUUCGCUCUUUCUCCUCCAUUUUCUUCCUCUCCCUUAUCUCUCCUCUCUUCUCCUCCUCUGUCCUCCCCCUCACUCUCUGUGUAUAUCUCUGAUUCAUACCAUCCUGCACUGGCAUCCAACGUGUUUCUCCAUAUUUAGUCCACUCUUUCUCUCCCUCCACUUCCUCCUCUCAUCCUGUCACUGGAGUCACACCAACACUCUUCAUCAAUAAGUGCAUCGAUGACGUCGUCCCCACAGUGACCGUACGUACAUACCCCAACCAGAAGCCAUGGAUUACAGGCAACAUCCGCACUGAGCUAAAGGGAGAGCUGCCGCUUUCAAGGAGCAGGACUCUAACCCGGACAGUUAUAAGAUAUCCCGCUAUGCCCUCCGACGAACCAUCAAACAGGCAAAGAGUCAAUACAGUACUAAGAUUGAAUCGUACUACACCGGCUCCGAUGCUCGUCGGAUGUGGCAGGGCUUGCAAACUAUUACGGACUACAAAGGGAAGCACAGCAUCGAGCUGCACAGUGACACAAGCCUUCCAGACGAGCUUAAUCACUUCUAUGCUCACUUCGAGGCGUAGUCUGUAGCAAUGAAGUGCUUUGAAAGGCUGGUCAUGGCUCACAUCAACACCAUUAUCCCAGAAACCCUAGACCCACUCCAAUGUGCAUACCGCCCCAACAGAUCCACAGAUGAUUUAAUCUCUAUUGCACUCCACACUGCCCUUUCCCACCUGGACAAGAGGAACACCUAUGUGAGAAUGCUAUUAAUGGACUACAGCUCAGCGUUUAACACUAUAGUGCCCUCAAAGCUCAUCACUAAGCUAAGGACCCUGGGACUAAACACCUCCCUCUACAACUGGAUCCUGGACUUCCUGAUGGGCCGCCCCCAGGUGGUAAGGUUAGGUAACAACACAUCUGCCACGCUGAUCCUCAACACAGGGGCCCCUCAGGGGUGCGUGCUCAGUGUCGUCCUGUACUCCCUGUUCACCCAUGACUGCAUGGCCAGGCACGACUCCAACACCAUCAUUAAGUUUGCCGACGACACAACAGUGGUAGGCCUGAUCACAGACAAUGAUGAGACAGCCUAUAGGGAGGAGGUCAGAGUCCUGGCUGUGUGGUGCCAGGAUAACAACCUUUCCCUCAAUGUGAUCAAGACAAAGGAGAUGAUUGUGGACCAACAAACGAUCAUGGUCCAAACACACCAAGACAGUCGUGUAGAGGGCAUGACAAAGCCUAUUCCCCCUCAGGAGACUGAAAAGAUUUGGCAUGGGUCCUCAGAUCCUCAAAAAGUUAUACAGCUGCACCAUCGAGAGCAUCCUGACUGGUUGCAUCACUGCCUGGUAUGGCAACUGCUCGGCUUCCGACCGCAAGGCACUACAGAGGGUAGUGCGUACGGCCCAGUACAUCACUGGGGCCAAGCUUCCUGCCAUCCAGGACCUCUAUAGGUCCAGGCGGUAUCAGACGGUAUCAAAGGAAGGCCCUAAAAAUGGUCAAAGACUCCAGCCACCAUAGUCAUAGACUGUUCUCCCUGCUACCGCACGGCAAGUGGUACCGUAGCGCCAAGUCUAGGACCAAAAGGCUUCUUAACAACUUCUACCCCCAAGCCAUAAGACUCCUGAACAGCUAAUCAUGGCUACCCGGACUAUUAGCAUUGUCCCAGUGCGCCGGAGGGGAGCAACGGGAGGAGAUGUGACAGAACCCCCCCCCCCCCCCCCCCCCCCCCCCCCGGACGCGCGGCUCCAGCCGCUGGACAUCGCCGGCCAGGAGGAUGACCCCGAGGACGAGGAGCGGGUCCAGUCAGGGCGGCGAUGGUGGAAGUCCCGAAUUAGGUUGGGGGUCCAGAACGUCCCCAGCUGGAACCCAGCUCCUUUCCUCAGGACCUUACCCAUCCCAGUCCACCAGGUAAUGGAGUGUCCCCCACGGAACCUGGAGUCCAGCAGGUCCCUCACCGCAUACGCCGGACUCCCGUCAAUGUCCAGGUGCGGAGGAGGCGUACCCCGGGGGACGGCAUCCGACAGAGGACCAGGAACCACCGGCCUGAGGAGAGACACAUGAAAAGUGGGUGAGACACGGUAGUGAGGGGGAAGGAGCAGCCGGUAUGAUACCUCAUUUAUCCGACGGAGGACCUUAAAUGGCCCCACAAACCGGGGGCUCAGUUUCUUGCAGGGCAGGCGGAGAGGGAGGUUUUUUGUGGACAGCCAGACACGAUCCCCAGGCUAGAAUACAGCGGCCUCACUGCGGUGGCAGUUGGCUUGGUUCUUCCGCCGACGAAUGGCCCUCUGGAGAUGGACAUGGGCGGCGUCCCAGACCUGUGGAACCACUCGUCCACAUCGGUCUGGCUGGGUAUCCAAGGGGCCAGGGCCGGCUGGUACCCCAGGACGCACUGGAAGGGAGUGAGCCCCGUGGAGGAGUGAACGAGGGAGUUCUGGGCAUAUUCUGCCCAGGCAAGAAACCUUGCCCACUCACCCUGCCGGUCCUGACAGUGGAAACGAAGAAACCUCCCCAGCUCCUGGUUCAUGCGCUCCACCUGCCCAUUCGACUGAGGCCUAUACCCGGAAGUGAGGCUGGCCGUGGCCCCGAUCUUCUCCAGGAAAGCCUUCCACACUCGGGAGGUGAAUUGGGGGCCACGGUCCGAGACGAUGUCCUCCAGAAGUCCAUAAUGCCGGAAGACCUGUUGGAACAGGACCUCAGCGACCUGGAGAGCAGAAGGAAGACCAGUAAGUGGCAAAAACGGCAUGAUUUGGAGAACCGAUCUACGACCACCAUGAAUGUGGUGAAGCCGUCAGAACGUGGAAGGUCGGUGACAAAGUCUAUGGACAGGUGUGACCAAGGUCACUGAGGCAAUGGGAGAGGAACUAGUUUGCCUGCCGGGGCGUUCUGAGGUGUCUUCAUUUGGGCACAUACGGAACAGGAGUUGACAUAGCGGGAGACAUCAGAAGCCAAGGUGGGCCACCAGUAUUUUGGGGCUAGAGAAUGCAGUGUGCGUGUAAUAGCAGAGUGCCCUGCCGUAAGGAUAGUGUGCGCCCAGAUCAGCAUGCGGUCACGGACACUGGUGGGUACAUACACGCGCCACGGAGGGGCGUUGGCAGGUGCUGGGUCCUCCUGAGCCGCCAGGCGGAUGUCUUCGUCCACAUCCCAAAUGACAGGUGCAAUGAUGAGAGACGAGGGCAGGAUAGGACUCCCCAGAUCCUUCCUUUCUCCGGUAUGGUGCAUCCUGGAGAGUGCGUCGGCCUUCACAUUCUGGGAUCCUGGGCGGUAGGACAGAAUGAAUUGGAAGCGAGUGAGAAAUUGAGCCCACCUGGCUUGACGAGAGUUCAUCCGUUUCGCUGCCCAUAUGUGCUCCAAAUUCCGGAGGUCAGUAAGAAUCCGGAAUGGAUGGACUGCACCCUCCAGCCAGUGUCUCCAUUCCUCCAGAGCGAGGACCACCGCCAACAGCUCCCUGUCUCCAACUCCAUAGUUCCUCUCUGCGGGGGUAAGCUUUUUAGAGAAAAGGGCACAGGGAUACAUUUUCUCUGGCUUACCGUGCCGCUAGGAGAGGACCGCACCCACGCCCUCCUCCGAUGCGUCCACCUCCAGGAUGAAAUGACGAGAAGGAUCUGGGUGUUUUAGGAUGGGCACUGUGGUGAACCUCUCCUUCAGCCGGUAGAAAUUAGCGAAGCCCAGGAAUUUCUGUAGGCCCUUGAUGGUGGUGGGAACUGGCCAUGACCUGACUGGUCCGUCUUCACUCCUUCCAUGAACACCCCCUGAGGACUGAUCCGGUAUCCCAGGAAGGAGGGGGAGAAAUUCGCAUUUCUCCCCCUUCACCAACAGGCUGUGUUCCCGGAGGCGGAGUAGGACAGCUCGGACGACCCUGACGUGCUCCUCGAACGUAGCCAAGUAGAUCAGGAUAUCGUCGAUGUACACCAACACCUGUCUACUCAGCAUUUCCUGGAACACGUCAUUGACGAAGGACUGGAACUCAGAAGGUGCGUUGGCGAGGCCGUAGGGCAUGAUGCAGUAUUCAUAGUGGCCUGAGGUAGUGCUGAAUGCCGUCUUCCAUUCGUCUCCUUCCCAGAUUCGGAUCAGGUUGUAGGCACUCCUCAGGUCCAACUUGGUAAAGUACCAGGCCCCUCGUAGCUGCUCGAUGGCCGACGGAACCAGAGGGAGGGGGUACCGGUACUUGGUGGUGACUGCGUUCAGCCCCCUGUAGUCAAUGCAUGGUCUCAGUCCUCCCUUUUUUGGCCACGAAGAAGAAGCUGGCGGAGGCAGGAGAGGUAGAGUGUCUGAUGAACCCCUGUUUCAGGGUCUCUGCCACAUACUUCUCCAUGGCCUCAGUCUCCGCCAUGGAAAGGGGGUAAAUGCGACACUGGCGCAGUCCCAGGGCCUGUGAGGAGGGAGACACAUAGCCUUUAAUGAAGAGAAGACAUCGGAGAGAUCUGCGUACUCACGUGGAAUGUUGGGCUGGAGGGUGGACUCCGGACUCUUCACUGAUGUGGAACAACAAACCACCAGCAGGCAGGUCUUCCGGCAUGAGGUGGACCAGGCUGUGAUCCUCUUGGUGCUCCAAUUGAUGGUGGGGUUGUUUAGUCUGAGCCAGGGCAAUCCCAAGACGAUCCAGUGAAGGGGUGACGUGACGAUGUGGAUUGACAGCUCCUCGUGGUGCUCCAGUAGUGUGGGAAUGGUGAUGGGGAGAGUGACGUGCGUAAUGGUGCCUGAUCCAAGGGUUUUAUUGUACAGUGAGGUGACGUGUAGCUGGGAUAGCAGUGGCACGGUGGGCAACCACCAUUCAGAGACCAGCUCCCUAUCUAUAAGGUUCCCCGCCGAUCCGGAAUCUAUCAUUGCAGUAGAAAUAGAAGAGAAGGAAUAACCAGUCACCGUUAUGGGAACUAAAAACAAUGGUUUUGUGAUAGGAGCUGACGUAACACUCACGGAGCGGCGACGGGAGUCAUACCGCCUAGAUAGGGAGCCACCAGGAGAUCUGUGGUCUGUGGUGGUGUAGGGUGUGCUGCCCACUUCCAUAGGUGAGGACUCAGAAGCAGGGCGGCUUCCAUAGCUCAGAUGGGGUGAGCAUCGAGGCUCCGGGAGGUGUUGGGGACGUCGUCUCUCUCUCAACAUGUCGUCAAGACGGAUGGACGUGGUGAUGAGGGUAUCAAAGUCCAUCUCGUCGUCCCGACAUGCUAGUUCCGUCUUGAUGUCCUCCCGUAAGCCUCUCCUGAAGGCAGUGCGCAGAGCACACUCAUUCCAGCCAGAAGACGCCGCUACCGUGCGAAAGCUCAGAGCGUACUCGGACGCGGGCCCCUCUCGCUGUUGUAGAUGGAGACGCUCACCCCCGUCCUUUCCCUCCGUGGGAUGAUCAAACACUGCCCUGAACCGAGCGAGGAAGGUGGGGUAGGGAUGCGCCACUGCCUCCUCUCCUUCCCAGACUGCCGUGGCCCAAUCCAGCGCCUUUCCUUUAAGGAGCGAAAUCACCAGCGCUAUCCUGGCUUGGUCAGAUGGAUAUGCCCCAGGCUGACGCGCCAGAUAAAGUGAAACCUGUAGCAGGAAGCCGCUACAUUUAGUGAUUUUACCGUCACAGCGCUCCGGUAGGAUGAGGGUUCCCGCAGAAGUGGGUGAUAGUACGGAAACAGGUGGAUUGGGGGCACUCGCCGCUCCCUGGGGUGGAACCGGAGCGCUGGGCAGAUUUUGCAGAGUUUGGAGCACUUCCUGCAUGGCGGCAUUCAACUGGGCAAGCUGCUGCUGGUGCUGGUCGAGGCACUGGGAAACUCCUGCUGCAUCCAUUUUCGUUUGGUGUGUGAUUCUGUGACGAGUACUGAGUAUACAAAGAGGCAGGAUGCAGACGCAGGAAUAAAAAGGUCAAGGUUUACUUAACAAUGAUAAAGAGAAAUAACAAAGAUAGAGUAAACGACACGAAGCUAAACAAUCACACACAAUAUCAUACCGAACAGUCCAGGGCUAAAUAGGGGUGGUGAUGAGGUGCAGAUGCGCUGGAGGUGAUUAGGGUGCGUUGGGUUUCCAUUCCGGUGUUGCCGAGGUGGUGCGCUCAGACCGGUGGCUAAGGAGACCGGCGAAUCAGAGCUACGGAGGGGAGCAACGGGAGGAGACGUGACACUCAAUUACCUUGACUAACCGGUGACCCCGCACAUUGACUCUGUACCGGUAACCCCUGUAUAUAGCCUCCCUACUGUUAUUUUAUUUUACUGCUGCUCUUUAAUUUUUUUUAUUUUUUUAUUUUUUACUUAUCUAUUUUUUACUUUACACUUAUUUUUCUUAAAACUGCAUUGUUGUUUAAGGGCUUGUAAGUAAGCAUUUCACUGUAAGGUCUACACCUGUUGUAUUCGGCACAUGUGGCAAAUAACAUUUGAUUUGAUUUGAACACUCAUCAGCCGGCUCACGUCUUUCCAUAUGUCCUUCUCCGUCAGAGCACUGCCGCUAAACACUAGUAGCUUGCUACUUUAAUCUAUCACUGUUUUCUGGUCGUCUCUGUUGUCUUUCCCUUUUCCCCUUUUCCUUCCUCCUUUCAUUUGCUUAAUCUCUCUCCACCCCCUCUCUCUCUCAAAUGGGAGUGACAUAUAAAAUGCCUGUGUUUGAACAGAUGGGUAAUACACCACACCUUGUUGAGCAUAGAGGGUCAUUACCAGGGUUGCUAAAGUCUGAUGUGGGAAUUGGGAAUCCAACUACAGGCAGUUCAAUUAUGUUUCUAGCCCCGUUUGCCUUUACCAUUACUUUCAGGGUUUAUGGGUUGCCCGAUUUGUCAGGUGCUAUUUGAAAAUACUGUUGACAAAUGUUCUUACAUUAUUUUAUGUAAUCCACAGAGAAUACGAGUCAGGGGAAAAAAGUGGAAAAAGAACUGCCAUCAAAGUGCCUUAAAAAAGUAUAAAUAUUGUAGAUUUAUUUCCCAAACAGAUUUUGAGAUGUGAAGAAUUCAGACAUGAAAAGAAAACCACUAACACUUUAAUCCUCAAAGCGUUUGGUCGGAAUAUUCUAGUAUUUCUUCAUCAAAGUUGGACAUUCUAGUGUGUGUUUCUGCCUGUGUGUGUGUGUACUACAGUAUCCUUUCUGAGGGCUAGAGCUGGGUGUGUGAACAAAAUGAACACAUAGCCAACACACAGUUGCGCCAGUAAAGCAUUUGUAUUGUAAAUAAAGAACACACUGUUGUUUGGAAAGAAGUGGUUACAAUUUUGUCAUGAAAUGCUCAUUUCUGCUCAACUGAGUCUAUUUGACCAUUGUAGGUUUGGUGCAUACAGUCUUCAGAAAGUAUUCAUACACCUUGAAUAUUUCUACAUUUUCUUGUGCUACAGCCUGAAUUGAAAAUUGAUUAAAUUUAGAUUUGGUGUCACUGAUCUACACACAAUACCCCAUAAUGUUUAAGGGGAAUUAUGUUUUUAGAAAUUAAUAAAAAAUGUAAAGCUGAAAUGUCUAGAGUCAAUAAGUAUUCAACCCCUUUGUUAUGGCAAGCCUAAAUAAGUUCAGGAGUAAAAAUGUGCUUAACAAGUCAGAUAAUACGUUGUAUAGACUAACUAUGUGCAAUAAUGGUGUUUAACAUGAUUUUUGAAUGACUACCUCAUCUCUGUACCCCACACAUACAAUUAUCUGUAAGGCCCUCAGUCGAGCAGUGAAUUUCAAGCACAAACUCAACGACAAAGACCAGGGAGGUUUUCCAAUGCCUCGCAUAGAAGUGCACCUAUUGGUAGGUGGGUUAAAAAAAAGCAGACAUUGAAUAUCCCUUUGAGCAUGGUGAAGUUAUUAAUUACACUUUGGAUAGUGUAUCAAUACACCCAGGCACUACAAAAAUAAAGGGGUCCUUCCUAACUCAGUAGACGGAGAGGAAGGAAACCGCUCAGGGAUUUCACCAUGUUAAAUGGCUGUGAUGGGUUAAAUGGCUGUGAUGGGAGAACUGAGGAUGGAUCAACAACAUUGUAGUUACUCCACAAUACUAACCUAAAUGACAGAGUGAAAAGAAGGAAGCCUGUACAAAAUAAAAAAUAUUCCAAAACAUGCAUCCUGUUUUCAAUAAGGCACUAAAGUAAUUCUACAAAAAAUGUGGAAAAGAAAUUAACUUUUUGACCCGAAUGCAAAGCAUUAUGUUUGGGGCAAAUCCAACACAACACAUCACUGAGUACCACUCUUCAUAUUUUCAAGCAUGGUGGUGGCUGCAUCAUGUUAUGGGUAUGCUUGUCAUCGACAAAUACUGGGGAGUUUUUUAGGAUGAAAAAAAAGGAAUAGAGUCUGCUUUCCAACAGAUGCUGGGAAACAAUUCCACCUUUCAGCAGGACAAUAACCUAAAACGCAAGGCAAAAUAUACACUGGAGUUACUUACCAAGAUGACAUUGAGUCCCGUGUAGCUCAGUUGGUAGAGCAUGGCAUUUGCAACGCCAGGGUUGUGGGUUCGUUUCCCACGGGGGACCAGUAUGUAAAAAUAAAAUGAAAAUAAACAUGUAUGCACUCACUAACUGUAAGUCGCUCUGGAUAAGAGCGUCUGCUAAAUGACCAAAAAAAAAAAAUAAUGUUCCUGAGUAGCCUAGUUACAGUUUUGACUUAAAUCGGCUUGAAAAUCUAUGGCAAGACUUGAAAAUGACUGUCUAGCAGUGAUCAACAACCAACUUGACAGAGCUUGAAUAAUUUAAAAAGGAUCAUGUGGAAAUAUUGUACAAUCCAGGUUUGCAAAGCUCUUAGAGACUUACCCAGAAAGACUGACAGCUGUAAUCGCUGCCAAAGGUGAUUCUAACAUGUGAUUCUAACAGGGGGUUGAAUACUUACACUACAUGACCAAAAGUAUCUGGACACCUGCUCGUCGAACAUCUAAUUCCAAAAUCAUGGGCAUUAAUAUGAAGUUGGUCCCCCCUUUGCUGCUAUAACAGCCUCCAACUCUUCUGGGAAGGCUUUCCACUAGAUGUUGGAACAUUGCUGCAGGGACUUGCUUCCAUUCAACCAGAAGAGCGUUAGUGAGGACGGGCACUGAUGUUGGGCGAUUAGGCCUGGCUCGCAGUUGGCAUUCCAUUUCAACCCAAAGGUGUUCGACGGGGUUGAGGUCAGGGCUCUGCAGGCCAGUCAAGUUCUUCCACACCGAUCUUGACAAAACAUUUCUGUAUGGACCUCGCUUUGUGCACAGGGGCAUUGCUGAAACAGGAAAGGGCCUUCCCCAAACUGUUGCCACAAAGUUGGAAGCACAAAAUUGUCUAGAAUGUAAUUGUAUGCUGUAGUGUUAAGAUUUCCCUUCACUGUACCUAACUAAGGGGCCUAGCCUGAACCAUGAAAACAGCCCCAGACCAUUAUUCCUCCUCCACCAAACUUUACAGUUGGCACUAUGCAUUGGGGCUGGUAGCAUUCUCCUGGCAUCCGCCAAACCCAGAUUUGUCCGUCUGACUGCCAGAUGGUGAGGCGUGAUUCAUCACUCCAGAGAAGGCGUUUCCACUGCUCCAGAGUCCAAUGGUGGCGAGCUUUACACCACUCCAGCCGACGCUUGGCAUUGCGCAUGGUGAGCUUAGGCUUGUGUGCGGCUGCUCGGCCAUGUUGCUUCCAGAGGCAGUUUGGAACUCGGUAGUGAGUGUUGCAACCGAAGACAGACAAUUUUUACGCGCUACGCGCUUUAGCACUCAGCGGUCCCGUUCUGUGCGCUUGUGUGGCCUACCACUUCGCGGCUGAGCCGUUGUUGCUCCUAGACGUUUCCACAUCACAAUAACAGCACUUGUUGGAAAGGUGGCAUCGUAUGACGGUGCCACAGUGAAAGUCACUGAGCUCUUCAGGAAGGCCAUUCUACUGUCAAUUUUUAUGUAUGGAGACUGCAUGGCUGUGUGCUCGAUUUUAUACACCUGUCAGCAACGGGUGUGGCUGAAAUAGCCGAAUCCACUAAAUUGAAGGGAUGUCCAAAUACUUUUGUAUAUAUAGUGUAUCUAAUCAAAAUAUAUUAGUGUUUUAUUUUACAUUAAUUUAAAAAGAAGUUAGAAUGUUUCUACCACUAUGAAUUAAAUCAUUUUAAUUCCACUUUGUAACACAUCAAAAUGUGGAAUAAGUCAAGGGGUGUGAAUUCUUUCUGAAGGAACUGAACAGUGGCUUGCGAAAGGAUUCACCCCCCAUGGCAUUUUUCCUACUUUGUUGCCUUACAACCUGGAAUUAAAAUAGAUUUUUGGGGGGGUUUGUGUCAUUUGAUUUACACAACAUGCCUACCACUUUGAAGUUGCAAAAUAAUUUUUUUUGUGAAACAAACAACAAAUAAGACAAAAAAACAGACAACUUGAGUGUGCAUAACUAUUCACCCCCCAAAGUCAAUACUUUGUAGACCCACUAUUUGCAGCAAUUACAGCUGCAAGUCUCUUGGGGUGUGUCUAUAAGCUUGGUACAUCUAGUCGCUGGGAUUUUUAUGCCCAUUCUUCAAGGCAAAACUACUCCAGCUCCUUCAAGUUGGAUGGGUUCCGCUGGUGUACAGCAAUCUUUAAGUCAUACCACAUAUUCUCAAUUGGAUUGAGGUCUGGGCUUUGACUAGGCCAUUCCAAGACAUUUAAAUGUUUCCCCUUAAACCACUCGAGUGUCGCUUUAGCAAUAUGCUUAGGGUCAUUGUCCUGCUGGAAGGUGAACCGCCGUCCCAGUCUCAAAUCUCUGGAAGACAAACAGGUUUCCCUCAAGAAUUUCCCUGUAUUCAGCGCCAUCCAUCAUUCCUUCAAUUUUGACCAGUUUCCCAGUCCCUGCCGAUGAAAAACAUCCCCACAGCAUGAUGCUGCCACCACCAUGCUUCACUGUGGGGAUGGUGUUCUCGGGGUGAUGAGAGGUGUUGGGUUUGCGCCAGACAUAGCGUUUUCCUUGAUGGCCGAAAAGCUCAAUUUUAGUCUCAUCUGACGAGAGUACCUUCUUCCAUAUGUUUGGCGAGUCUCCCACAUGCCUUUUGGCGAACACCAAAUGUUUUUUCUGGCCACUCUUCCGUAAAGCCCAGCUCUGUGGAGUGUACGGCUUAAAGUGGUCCUAUGGACAGAUACUCCAAUCUCUGCUGUGGAGUUUUGCAUCUCCUUCAGGGUUAUCUUUGGUCUCUUUGUUGCCUCUCUGAUUAAUGCCCUCCUUGCCUGGUCCGUGAGUUUGGUGGGCGGCCCUCUCUUGGCAGGUUUGUUGUGGUGCCAUAUUCUUUCCAUUUUUUUAUAAUGGAUUUAAUGGUGGUCCAUGGGAUGUUAAAAGUUACUGAUAUUUUUUUAUAACCCAACCCUGAUCUGUACUUCUCCACAACUUUGUCCCUGACCUGUUUGGAGAACUCCUUGGUCUUCAUGGUGCCGCUUGCUUGGUGGUGCCGCUUGCUUGGUGGUGCCCCUUGCUUAGUGGUGUUGCAGACUCUGGGGCCUUUCUGAACAGGUGUAUAUAUACUGAGCUCAUGUGACAUAGAUUGCACGCAGGUGGAGUUUAUUUAACUAAUUAUGUGACUUCUGAAGGGAAUUGGUUGCACCAGAUCUUAUUUAGGGGCAAUUUUUGAAACAAAGUAUUUUUUUCAUUUCACUUCACCAAUUUGGACUAUUUUGUGUAUGUCCAUUACAUGAAAUCCAAAUAAAACUAUUUAAAUGACAGGUUCUAAUGCAACAAAAUAGGAAAAAUGCCAAGGGGGAUGAAUACUUUUGCUAGGCACUGUAUGUAUGUGUACUGCCUGCAGAACUAGUAUUGUGUGUGUUGCAUGUUGUGAUUGUUUGAACACAAUAGUAAACAUCGCUCUCUUCUUUCUCAGGUGAUAUCACUCAGAAGGGAUAUGAGAAGAAAAAGACUAAACUUCUGCUUCCCUUCUUCAUUCAAACACCAGGUAAGAAACAUUGACCUAUCCUCUUAUCCUGGAUUUAAAAAAAAUCUCCUCUUUUCCCACUCAUAGAAUUUGAGCCAUGUGACACUUAGGCCUAUGAGAACAUACCUUUCAUAUCCAACUACUGUUUUUGUUUGGUUUUAGUUUAUUUACAAAAAUCAUCAUGAUGUUCAUGGUCAUAGCUGUUUGGUGCUCACUGCUUCCUCUCAGUGGUAGCUCCGGUCACUACAGUUUAUCCAGUCUUUCCUCCAGUCCAGUUCAGAGAAAGACCAUUAUCCUCUCCUGACAGCCAGGCACCACUUCCCUCUUUAUUAGCCCACUAACGAUUGUCUGUAAAUAUCAGCUAUUCUCGGGAAUUACUAAAGCUGCUCCCAUGUUUACAAUGUCUUGAUGAGCUGUUAUGGUUAGACGGAAUCCUUUUAUAAACAUCUUUAAAACAUUUAUGAAAAUACUUUAUGUUGUAAAAGCACAUGUAGAACCUAAUGACAUUUUGUAAGAUUGUAUCAGAUUAUAGGAUGAUUUCUCUUGAGUUGAUUAGGAAUCUCUAUUUGAGAGGCUGCAAUACUCUUCAUCAUGUGAUGUAACAUAGCAUCACUUACUGACUUGGUCACAUAGACGUCAGGUCUAGGGCUGUUACGGUGACCGUAUUACAACCACACCGGAGGUCACGAGUCAUGAUGGCAGUCAAAUUUCACGUGACCGUUUAGUCAUGGUAGUUAGUCUUCUCCAAGCUCUGAUGCUGCUGAUUGUCAUUAGUAGCCUACCAAACGUGCCAACUGCCUGGUACUAGUUUAUCAACAUUUUAAGCUAAAUGUUCUGAUCUGUUGCAUCAGCCUCAUUGCUUUUAAACGUUUUUUUAACGCUAGUGGUUGUAUUCAUUUGGGAUCUAUCGCCUCCCACAACUGUCCCAGACUCUGCUUGAUUAUUUAUUUCUCGUACAGAAUAGAAUAUGUCAACUUUUGUACUAUGGGGGAUAGUAAAUGGACAUAGGCUAGUGCUUUUGCUGUUCGUUAGGCCUACUCAUCUUGUUGGCUGACGAAAAGUUAAUUGGUAGUUCUUCCAAUAUAUUCAAUAUGUGCAUAAAUAACUCUAAAUUAAACAUAUAGGAGGACCUGUUGCUUUAAAAAAAAAAAUUGUCUGUCGGCUAUAGAUAGAUUGUAACUUCCAUCAAUGUAAUUGUCUGCAUCACUUCCAAUCCCCCAUGUUUUUUAUAUAUAUACUCCCCUUUAUUACUUUUCAACCCCGCCAUCCUUUCCCUACUUGGGGUAAAUUAGUGAACAACAAUGCCCAGGCCUCUACUUCCAGCCUAUACUUACUAUCUACACCUUAUGGACACAGUCAAUUUUACAAUAAUUCUAUUUUAUUUGUUUUUGCUCCUGAACUUCUUCUACUCUCAACCUCUCCGAUCAUUUUCAUGAUGUCCAUCCGGUUUGCUUCUAUAUGCCAUAUCUUUCUAACUGUGCUCUUUCCCAAAAGCUCCCAACAUACAACCUAUAUACUUAUUAUGGACACAGUAUGCUUACAUUAUUAAUUAUCUUGUUAUUAUUUGUUGUUAUUUGUUAUUUGUCCCAUCCUUCAACUCCAUUAAAUAUCUCCCAUCUAUCUCGUAACACCAUCCAUAUAGGAUUUCUAUUUGCCAUAUAUAUUUCAACCGUACUGUGAUGUUUUACAAAAGUUCUGAACCUUUCUAUUCUCAUUGCUUCUACAGAUUGUGAAUUAAAAAUAAACAUUUUUGCUAAAAGUAUUAUUAUAUUAUUGAUCGAUUGACUGACUUUUCAGAUCACCCAGUAGUGCUAUCUGCAGGGUUAGCUUCAGGUAAAUAUUGCAAUCCUUUAGCCAUUCCUGGACCUGUGUCCAAAAACAAGCUACAAAUGGACAGAACCAAAACAAAUGAUCUAAUGAUUCUGUCUCUUCACAGCAAAAUCUGCAAAGCUGGGAAGAUUGUAUCCCCCAUAUAAAUAACAUUCUAUUGGUAGCAAGAAUUUUAUAUAAUAAUUUAAAUUGAAAGAUUCUAAUUUUUGAAUCCGGUGUCGUUUUACAUGUCAGUUCAUAAACACUAUGCCAUGGGAUCGGUACGUCAAAAAUCUCUUCCCAACUAUUUUGCAAUCUAUAUGGGACGGCUGUAAAUCCUUUGGUCCUCAAAUGAAACUGAUAUACUUUUUUAUUUAUCACAGUUUUCAAUUAUGUUCUUUAAUGCAAGGCCGACAGACAAGUUCCUUACUUUCUCCCCCUUCCACUUUCCUCUUCCACUUUUGCGGUAAGGCUGCAAUUAUUUGGUUGUAAUUUUGGGUAGAGCAGACAUGUUUUUGUUAGCUGCAUGUGCGACAUAACUCCACCAGUCCUACCGAUGAUAUCAUUUACGAAGAUUAUACCUUUUUUAAACAUUCUGUCAAAAAAUAAAGGUUUUUUGUCAAUUAGUAUAUUUGAAUUUAACCACAAUAUUUGUUGCAUUAUUUGUUCUGUCGUUUCUGGAGGAUUAAAUUGAAAUUGCAACCAACUUUCUAUGGCUUGUUUUAGAAAUAGUGAUAUUUGCGAGAUGAUUUCCUUUUCAAAUAACUGAACAUGAGUGGUUGUAAUCUGAAUAAAGGGAAAAAGGCCAUUCUUGAACAUUGCGUGAGACAAUCUUACUAAUUUGCUUGAGAACCAGUUCGGAUUUAAGUAUAACUUUUGUAUGACUGAAGCUUUUAGUGAUAGGUCUAAUGCUUUAAUAUUUAAUAAUUUCUGUCCUCCGAAUUCAUAUUCAUUAUAUAAAUAGGCCCUUUUAAUUUUGUCUGGCUUGCCGUUCCAAAUAAAAUUGAAUAUUUUUUUCUAAUAUAAUUUAAAAAACUGUUCGCUAGGUGUAGGCAAGACCAUAAGCAAAUAGGUAAACUGGGAUAAUACUAAAGAGUUAAUUAGGGUGAUUUUUCCACAAAUUGACAGGUAUUUACCUUUCCAUGGUAGCAAGAUCUUAUCUAUUUUUGCUAACUUUCUAUUAAAAUUAUUUGAAGUGAGAUCAUUUAUUUCCUUUGGGAUAUGUAUUCCGAGUAUAUCCACAUCACCAUCAGACCAUUUUAUUGGUAAACUACAUGGUAAUGUAAAUUUUUUAUUUUUUAGUGAUCCAAUACGUAAUAUAGUACAUUUGUCAUAAUUUAGUUGUAAUCCAGAGAGGUUAGAAAAUGUAUCUAGAUCCUCUAUGAGGCUGUGGAGGGAUUCUAGUUGUGGAUUUAAAAGAAAACAUGAAUCAUCAGCAUACAAUGACACCUUUGUUUUUAAGCCCUGGAUUUCUAAUCCUCUGAUAUUAUUAUUGGAUCUGAUUUUAAUAGCUAACAUCUCGAUGGCCACAAUAAAUAGAUAUGCCGAUAGUGGACAACCUUGUUUCACUCCUCUUGACAGUUUAAUACUUUCUGAGAAAUAGCCAUUAUUUACUAUUUUACACCUAUUUUCUAUGGGGUUGAGAUCUGGAGACUGGCUAGGCCACUCCAGGACCUUGAAAUGCUUCUUACGAAGCCACUCCUUCAUUGCCCAGGCGGUGUGUUUAGGAUCAUUGUCAUGCUAUAAGACCCAGCCACGUUUCAUCUUCAAUGCCCUUGCUGAUGGAAGGAGGUUUUCACUCAAAAUCUUACGAUACAUGGCCCCAUUCAUUCUUUCCUUUACACGGAUCAGUCGUCCUGGUCCCUUUGCAGAAAAACAGCCCCAAAGCAUGAUGUUUCCACCCCCAUGCUUCACAGUAGGUAUGGUGUUCUUUGGAUGCAACUCAGCAUUCUUUGUCCUCCAAACACCACGAGUUGAGUUUUUACCAAAAUGUUCUAUUUUGGUUUCAUCUGACCAUAUGACAUUCUCCCAAUCCUCUUCUGGAUCAUCCAAAUGCACUCUAGCAAACUUCAGACGGGCCUGGACAUGUACUAGCUUAAGCAGGGGGACACGUCUGGCACUGCAGGAUUUGAGUCCCUGGCGGCGUAGUGUGUUACUGAUGGUAGGCUUUGUUACUUUGGUCCCAGCUCUCUGCAUGUCAUUCACUAGGUCCCCCCGUGUGGUUCUGGGAUUUUUGCUCACCGUUCUUGUGAUCAUUUUGACCCCACGGGGUGAGAUCUUGCGUGGAGCCCCAGAUCGAGGGAGAUUAUCAGUGGUCUUGUAUGUCUUCCAUUUCCUAAUAAUUGCUCCCACAGAUGAUUUCUUCAAACCAAGCUGCUUACCUAUUGCAGAUUCAGUCUUCCCAGCCUGGUGCAGGUCUACAAUUUUGUUUCUGGUGUCCUUUGACAGCUCUUUGUUCUUGGCCAUAGUGGAGUUUGGAGUGUGACUGUUUGAGGUUGUGGACAGGUGUCUUUUAUACUGAUAACAAGUUCAAACAGGUGCCAUUAAUACAGGUAACGAGUGGAGGACAGAGGAGCCUCUUAAAGAAGAAGUUACAGGUCUGUGAGAGCCAGAAAUCUUGCUUGUUUGUAGGUGACCAAAUACUUAUUUUCCACCAUAAUUUGCAAAUAAAUUCAUAAAAAAUCCUACAAUGUGAUUUUCUGGAUUUUUUUUCCUCAAUUUGUCUGUCAUAGUUGACGUGUACCUAUGAUGAAAAUUACAGGUCUCUCUCAUCUUUUUAAGUGGGAGAACUUGCACAAUUGGUGGCUGACUAAAUACUUUUUUCCCCCACUGUAUAAACCCCAGUCGUACUUUAUCAAAUGCCUUUUCGAAGUCUGCUAUGAAUAGCAGGCCUGGUUUCCCAUAUUUCCCAUAGUGUUCUAUUGUUUCCAAUACUUGCCUUAUAUUAUCUCCAAUGUAUCUUCCAUGUAAAAAACCUGUCUGAUUAGAAUGAAUAAUAUCCGACAAUACCUUUUUAAUUCUAUGCGCUAUACAUUUUGCUAGAAUUUUAGCAUCACAACACUGAAGUGUAAGGGGCUUCCAAUUAUUUAAAUGGACUGGAUCUUUAUAUUUUCCACUUGUAUCCUGUUUCAGUAAUAAUGAGAUCAGACCUUCUUCUUGAGUGUCAGAUAAUCUACCAUUUACAUAGGAGUGGUUAAAACAUGCUAAUAAGGGUCCUCUUAGUAUAUCAAACAAGGUUUGGUAUACCUUGACUGGUAUGCCAUCCAACCCUGGAGUUUUCCUGGACUUAAAAUCUUUAAUUGCAUCCAGAAGUUCCUCCUCUGUAAUUUCACCUUCACAUGAGUCUUUCUGUAUGGCUGUUAAUUUUACAUUAUCAAUAGAAAAAAAAUCUCUACAAUUAGCUUCAGUUAGAGGAGAUGGAUGCGACUGAAAAGAAAACAUAUGCUUAAAGUACUUUGUUUCCUCCUUCAAAAUAUCAUUUGGUGAAUCAUGGGUGACUCCGUCAAUUGUAACCAGUUUCAUUAAGUUAUUUUUGGUAGGAUUCCUAUGUUGAAGAUUAAAAAAGAAUUUUGUGCAUUUUUCCCCAUAUUCCAUCCAGUUUGCUUUAUUUUUUAUAAUAUAUUACACUUGAUCUUUCUUGAAUAAGUUUCUCCAUUUCUUUUUGUUUUUCCUCUAAUUUAUUCUGAGCCUCUAUGUUACAGUUUUUAUUGCCAUCUAUCUGUUCUGUUAGACUUUCUAUUUCCUUUGUUAGUAUAAACUCUUUUGACCUAAAUUGCUUUUGUUUUCGAGAUGAGUACUGAAUUGCAUGGCCUCUAAAGGCACAUUUAAAGGUGUCCCAUACAAUAAGUGGAUUUGCUGUACCUAUGUUUGUGACACUCUGGCUCUGGGACUUUUGUAUUUGAGCCAGGGUGUAUUUUGUUUUGUGGGGUUUUGGUUGUAUUUCUAUGUUUGCAUUUCUGUGGGUGUAUUUCUAUCACGUCUAUGACUCCCAAUCGGAGGUAACGAGUGUCAGCUGUCGGCUCGUUAUCUCUGAUUGGGAGCCAUAUUUAAUCUAAAUGUUUUCCUGUGGGAAUUGUGGGUUUUUGUUCCAAGUUUAGUCUUUGUUACUGUUGGACUUCACUUUCGUCUUUUGUUUUGUAUUGACGUGCUUUUCUAAUUAAAAGUCAUCAUGUUCACUCGCAACGCUGCGCCUUGGUCUCCUGUUUUAGACGAUCGUGACAGAAAAACCCACCAUAAGAGGACCAAGCAGCGUGUCAAGCGGCAACAGGACCCAGCUCCAAAGGAUUCAUGGACAUGGGAGGAGAUACUGGCUGGAAAGGGUCCUUGGGCACAACCGGGAGAAUAUCGCCGCCCUCGUGAAGAGCUGGAGGCAGCUAAAGCCGAGAGGAGGCGGUAUGAGGAGGCAGCACGGAGUCAAGGCUGGAAGCCCGUGGGUACUACCCAAAAAUUUAUUGGGGGGGGGCUAAAAGGGAGUGUGGCGAAGUCAGGUAGGAGACCUGCGCCUACUCCCUGGACUUACCGUGGAGAGCGAGAGUACGGGCAGACACCGUGUUACGCAGUAGAGCGCAUGGUGUCUCCUGUACGCAGGCAUAGCCCGGUUCGGUACAUUCCAGCUCCACGUAUCGGCCGGGCUAGAUUGAGCGUUGAGCCGAAUGUCAUGAAGCCGGCCCAACGCAUCAGGCCACCAGUGCGUCUUCUCGGGCCGGCGUACAUGGCACCAGCCUUACGCAUGGUGUUCCCGGUUCGCCCACAUAGGCCGGUGCGGGUUAUUCCACCUCCCCGUACUGGUCGGGCGACGGGGAGCAUCAACCCGGGUAAGGUUGGGCAGGCUCAGUGCUCAAGGGGGCCAGUAAGCCUGCACGGUCCGGUAUUUCCGGCGCCACCUCCCCGCUCCAGCCCAGUACCACCAGUGCCUACACCACGCACCAAGCCUCCUGUGUGUUCCCCGAGUCCUGUGCGUCCUGUUGCUGCUCCCCGCACUAGCCCUGAGAUGCGUGUCCUCAGCCCGGUACCUCCAGUUCCGGCACCACGCACCAGGCCUACGGUGCGCCUCAGACGGCCAGAGUCUGCCGUCUGCCCAACGGGGCCUGAACUGCCCGUCUGCCCAAAGGCGCUUAAGCCGCCCGUCUGCCAUGAGCCUUCAGAGCCGUCCGCCAGACCGGAGCCGCUAGAGUCUUCCGCCAGACAGGAUCAGCCAGAGCCUUCCGCCAGACAGGAUCAGCCAGAGCCUUCCGCCAGCCAUGAGCAGCCAGAUCCGUCAGCCAGCCAUGAGCAGCCAGAUCCGUCAGCCAGCCAUGAGCAGCCAGAUCCGUCAGCCAGCCAUGAGCAGCCAGAUCCGUCAGCCAGCCAUGAGCAGCCAGAUCCGUCAGCCAGCCAUGAGCAGCCAGAUCCGUCAGCCAGCCAUGAGCAGCCAGAUCCGUCAGCCAGCCAUGAGCAGCCAGAUCCGUCAGCCAGCCAUGAGCAGCCAGAUCCUUCAGCCAGCCAUGAGCAGCCAGAUCCGUCGGCCAGCCAUGAGCAGCCAGAUCCGUCGGCCAGCCAUGAGCAGCCAGAUCCGUCAGCCAGCCAUGAGCAGCCAGAUCCGUCGGCCAGCCAUGAGCAGCCAGAUCCGUCGGCCAGCCAUGAGCAGCCAGAUCCGUCAGCCAGCCAUGAGCAGCCAGAUCCGUCAGCCAGCCAUGAGCAGCCAGAUCCUUCAGCCAGCCAUGAGCCGUCCAGCCAGGAUCCGCCAGAGCCGUCCAGCCAGGACACGCCAGAGCCAGCCAGCCAGGAUCCGCCAGUGAGUCCGGUGCUGUCCCUUAGCCCGGUGCUGCCCCUUAUCCUGGUGCUGCCCCUUAGUCCGGUACUGCCCCUUAGUCCGGUGCUGCCCCUUAGUCCGGUGCUGCCCUUUAGUCCGGUGCCGCCCCUUAAUCCAGUGGGGUUUAGUUGGGGGGUGGUCAUGUGGAGGAGGCUACGGAGGCGGAUAGUGACUAAGGUGGGGUGGGGACCACGACCAGGGCCAGAACCGCCACCGUGGACAGACGCCCACCCAGACCCUCCCCUAGACUGUAUGCUGGUGCGCCCGGAGUGCGCACCUUUAGGGGGGGGUACUGUGACACUCUGGCUCUGGGACUUUUGUAUUUGAGCCAGGGUGUAUUUUGUUUUGUGGGGUUUUGGUUGUAUUUCUAUGUUUGCAUUUCUGUGGGUGUAUUUCUAUCACGUCUAUGACUCCCAAUCGGAGGUAACGAGUGUCAGCUGUCGGCUCGUUAUCUCUGAUUGGGAGCCAUAUUUAAUCUAAAUGUUUUCCUGUGGGAAUUGUGGGUUUUUGUUCCAAGUUUAGUCUUUGUUACUGUUGGACUUCACUUUCGUCUUUUGUUUUGUAUUGACGUGCUUUUCUAAUUAAAAGUCAUCAUGUUCACUCGCAACGCUGCGCCUUGGUCUCCUGUUUUAGACGAUCGUGACAAUGUUAUGUUUGAAAAAGUCAGUUAUAAAUUCCUUUGUUCUAAUUAUAAAUAAAUUAUCAUCCAAUAGGCUUUGAUUAAAUUUCCAAUAUCCUCGCCCACAUGGAAAUUCAGUAAGAGUAAUGUUUCUUUGUUAACCGCUCAACACAGAAUAGCUGCAUGUGCGCACUCCCUCAAAUUGUUUUGGAGAAAAUAUAUUUUCUGUUUUAUUCAGCUUUGUUCAAUUGUGUUCUUCAUACUAUAAAAUAAUAUAAAAUAAUGACACGGAAUUCUAAGCAAAUCUUGUCUGCUAAAUGAACUAGUGUAGCUCACAGCCAUAUGGCAUAGCCAGAUCAGGGCCUAACAUACUGUAAGGACGACUCAGAAUAUGCUAUUCUGUUCUUCUGAAAUAGACUACAUUUUCUUCAUAUCAUGUUUUUUCAUACCUGUCUAAAAUAAAUAAUGGAUUUAUUGUGAUGGUGUAGGCUAUAUUAAAUGGAUUUAUUAGACUUGUUAAAAUGUAGAUGUUCCAAAGAUCUGCAUCAGUGGCUUGUAGGCUAUGCAUGGAGGCCUGGAGAUGCUAAAUGUGUUUAUGUUAAUUAACGGUCAAUUACCGUGAGACCGGCAGUUAUUUGCUUGACAAUCACCGGCUGACAAAUUUUCAUGACUGCCACAGGCCUAGUCAGGUCAAGGGUCAAGGGAAGAACUGAAAGCGUGGAUAGUUCUGAGCCCUUUCUGUCUGUAUCCAUGGAAAGGACAUAGCCACAUCUCUAUACAUGUACUCUGUGGAACAUGAGCUACUAUAUACUAUGUACUUUGUUUACUGUCUUGUGAUCUCCUAAUCAUCUACUUAAUUAUUUUGUGCUCCCCAGUGGAACCUCCCCCCCCUGCCUACGAAGCGCAGGCUCCUGGUCCUAGCAACGGCUCUGGCUCCACCCAUGUCAAUGCUCACACACAGGCUCCUCCCCCCAGCUCCUCCUCUCGCUACCGUGAUCGUCGCUCCCGACGACCACACCGCAGCGGAGGGACCAGGGAUGACCGAUACCGAUCAGGUGAGCAACAACUUCUCUCCUUACAUAAGUUUAUGUUUUCAAUUGACACUUAGUCACCUAAGGAAAUCCAGUCAUAGGCAAAAAUGUUGAGUUUUUCAUUCAUGUUAGGUUUGGUCUAUUCUCUCAGUAUGUUCUUUAAUUUCGGUCAUUUUUUGGUCUAAUCUGGUUUGAAGCGGAAUCUCGUAAUCCCAUAAUUGUCUCAAAUAGAACAAUAAAAGGGAAGCACCGCUUUGCGUUUGUGUGUUGGAGUGUGAAUACUGUUUGAGGUCAUGUGUCUGUGUGUCCUGUUGGGUUGUGGAGAAAGGAAAGUCCCUAUACUCCUUACAGUGUUCAGCCUCUACAGGGGAGUCCAGAGUGAUGUCACGGCUUGGCAAUGUGCUUGGCUGUGGAGAGAGCAGGGGGAAUACUAAACAGGAUGAUGAACUCAGAACCAUAGAAUUCGAUUGUAGAUUCUAAAGAGUGCAGGGAAGGAGUGUUAGAAUGGAUCUUUAGAUGGUUGAAAAGGCAUGAAAGAACUGAGGAUUGCAGGGAAGUCUAUGAGAGUAUUUUUCUGUCCACCUUCUCUCUUUCUUUCUCUUUCUCUCGCUCCCUGUCUGUCUGUCUCUGUCUGUCUGUCUGUCUGUCUGUCUGUCUGUCUGUCUGUCUGUCUGUCUGUCUGUCUGUCUGUGUUACUAGAGGUGCACACAGUGUAAAUGUAUCCUCCCUCUAGGCAGCUUCAUGCUCUACCGUUUCUCUCUCCUUCCACUUCCGUCUCCUCCCUUCCCUGUCUGGACAGCCUCUGCAUCAGACUGGUCUCGCCUCUCACGUGACACACACACACACACACACACACACACACACACACACACACACUAAAUCAAUGCCAGUCUGAUGUGCCGGAGGGGCUGAAGGACUACCAUUGUGUGUGAUCUAUUGGAUCCUAUAGGAUGGCUGACCAGAUAGAGAGAACUGCAUGAACGUUUUCUUCAAGUUCCAUUUGAUAUGUGAAGGGAUCUCCGGGGAUCUUGCUGGAAGUCCGACUGCAUUUUGGGCAAAGUGAAGAAGGAUUGGGAACAAGGGAAAGGGAGUGGUAGCUGGUAGUCAGGAGGAAACACAGGCUGCAGGGACAAUGGAGAAGAACUGAAGAGGAUUGAGGAAAACACUGUUCUAUUACAGAGAAAUAGAGAGGAGGGAUAGAGAGGAGGGAUAAAGAGAGGGGUCAGGGAGAAGCAGGUCUGGGUGGUUUAGUCCUCCUUAUGAUGAACCUUCUGACACUUCAGUCUCAUUGAGAGAGAGGGGAGGGGGGGAAGAGGGAGAGAUGGAGGGAGGAGAUAUACAGAGAAAGGAAGACAGCAAGGGUGUGGGCAAGAGGACAGAGAGAUGUAGAAUUAGGUGUCAGCGAUAUGAUGGAUGUUUAGAUCCAGAAGGGCUUGUUCUGUUCACGUGUUUGUAGCCUACAUGGGUGUGUGGAAGGUAACAGCCAGUGUGUGUGUUGCUAGGUGCUUCUAGUGUAUGUGUGUAGUCUCUGCUGUUCAUUUGUUGGUUGCCGUGUGGGGCCGGAGAGGUGGAGGAGAGACGCGUUACAAUGUUAACAUCUUAACAACCGGCAACCUCACCUAUAUCAAUGGAGACGCCUCUUGGCCUCUCAGACAUGUGUGAUGGUCAUUCUCUCAUGUUUCUAUGGCGAUGAAUGAUUGUGCAUGCAGCAUAUGGGAAGAAUGGAAACAGAAUAGCAGUCUAUUUUUAGAAGAAUCAAAUGUUAUCCUAUGACAUUCUAUAGUGUUGGUUAUGCAAAGAGUUGUUUUUGAUGAUGGUUUAUGUAGAUUUUCUUACAUGUAGCCUAUGUAUUCUGAUUGUGUCUCUCAUGAAAGUGCUUGUGUGUCUUCUGCACAUGAUUCCUCUGUGUGUGUGUGUGUGUGUGCGUGUGCCUGUGUGUGUGUGUGCGUGCGUGUGCCUGUGUGGGGGGUGGGUGUGUGCAUGUGUGUAUGUACAGUGCCUUCAGAAAGUAUUCACACCCCUGACUUUUUCCACAUUUUGUUGUUACAAAGUGGGAUUAAAAUUGAUUUAAUUGUUAUUUUUUGUAAAUGAGCUACACAAAAUACUCUAAUGUCAAAGUGUAAGAAACAUUUGAACAGUUGUAAAACAUAGAUGAAAAAUAAAACCCUAAUAUAUCUUGAUUAGAUAAGUAUUCCAAAACGUCAAGGGGUGUGCUGUGAAUACUUUCUGAAGGUAAGGGAUGGGUGAGGAUGGUAAUAGCCCCUCUCUCUCCAGCACACAAACAGUGGUUUCCUGUUACAGCAGGACCUAACUGGCGUCUCUUCUCCUCUGAUGGUUAAAAGUCAAACAUCACUUCAGCUUUUACUGUGCUGAUUAUCUUUAUGCAUCAAUAUCUAUAGAAUAAUGAUUAUUGAAAGGUCUCCGUCAUGGGCAGUUUAUCCGUGGGUGUUCUCAUGUUCAAGUUCUUCCUCUCCAUCCCUAUCCGAUCAUCCAAAUUCUAAAGGGGAAUCUCGCUCUUGCUCUCUCUCUCUCUCUCUCUCUCUCUGCCUCAGAUAUCCACACAGAAACGGUGCAGGCUGCGUUGGCCAAACACAAGGAGGAGAAGAUGGCACUGCCGAUGCCCACCAAACGCCGCUCCACCUACAUCCAGUCGCCCGUCAUCAACUGCACCCCACCAGGUAGCGUAGGACUGACCCCCUCAAAUCAGCCUGACUGCUUCUAUUUCCUAAGGAACAGCCUAAGUAAGCUUUAUUGUUAGUACUAUAGAGUUUAAUCCUAAUGUCACACUCUCUCUUUCUAAUUCUCUCCAUCUCUCUUACGCUUUCUCCUAUCUCAGACUCGUCGUCAGCUUCAGAGGAUGAGGGUGCUAUGCUGAGGCAGUCGUCAGUGGGGGACAAUUUGGGGGCUCCGGACCCUCCCGCUCUGCUGCAGCCCCCCAGUCUGCAGAGCCCUGACUCCUGGAUCAACCGCUCUGUCCAGGGCUCGUCCACCUCCUCCUCUGCUUCCUCCACCCUGUCCCACGGAGAGGGCAAGCCCCAGCCUCAACCAUCCCAGCCCCAGCCCCAAGCCCAGCCCCAGUAUCAGCCCCAGUAUCAGCCCCAGUAUCAGCCCCAGUAUCAGCCCCAGUAUCAGCCCCAAUAUCAGCCCCAGUAUCAGCCCCAGUCACAGUCACAGCAUCCAGUCAUAGCUGACAUGCUGGCUCACGCACGCAUCGGUAAGAAUGUCCUCAUGACCACGACACUAGAAUGCCAUGACCUGUAUCCCUAUAUAAGGUUAACUGAGCAGAUAAAAUGACCCUGUCUUCCUCCCAGGUCCCUCAGAGAACAGCGCCCCCCCAGACGUGACAACAGCGGCCCCCCAGGCCAGGGGCUUCUCUCAGGUGGACCGACCCAACAACCCUCCCGUGGUCCGGGGGAUGAGCCGCGGACAGAGUCGCUCCAGCAUGAUGGAAACAGCCGACGGUAAGAAUAGCAUCUUUAUUAGGGUCGCUGUGUAUGUGUGUGUGAUGGGUCAUGUAGGAGUACGGAAGUGUGUAUGUGUGAGAUUGUGAGUGUGUGUCCUCAUCGACUCAUACAAUUUUGCAUUUCCAUCGAAAAUAACCUUUUUGAAGUAAUAGUAUUUUUCUUGAAUAACAUGUUGAUUUCCGCCUGGACCAUAUCAUUAACCAAACCAUGUUGCUUUCUUUUCUUCUGGUCUUUUUCCACACUGUCACAUGUUAUUUUGACUGGCAAUAGGUAACAGAAGAGGUAACACAUGUCAUGAACUAGUGGUGUUAUAUAUAUAUAUAUAUAUAUAUAUAUAUAUAUAUAUAUAUAUAUAUAUAUAUAUACAGUGGGGAGAACAAGUAUUUGAUACAAUGCCGAUUUUGCAGGUUUUCCUACUUACAAAGCAUGUAGAGAUCUGUAAUUUUUAUCAUAGGUACACUUCAACUGUGAGAGACGGAAUCUAAAACAAAAAUCCAGAAAAUCACAUUGAAUGAUUUUUAAGUAAUUAAUUUGCAUUUUAUUGCAUGACAUAAGUAUUUGAUACAUCAGAAAAGCAGAACUUAAUAUUUGGUACAGAAACCUUUGUUUGCAAUUACAGAGAUCAUACGUUUCCUGUAGGUCUUGACCAGGUUUGCACACACUGCAGCAGGGAUUUUGGCCCACUCCUCCAUACAGACCUUCUCUAGAUCCUUCAGGUUUCGGGGCUGUCGCUGGGCAAUAAGGACUUUCAGCUCCCUCCAAAGAUUUUCCUUUGGUUCAGGUCUGGAGACUGGCUAGGCCACUCCAGGACCUUGAGAUGCUUCUUACGGAGCCACUCCUUAGUUGCCCUGGCUGUGUGUUUCGGGUCGUUGUCAUGCUGGAAGACCCAGCCACGACCCAUCUUCAAUGCUCUUACUGAGGGAAGGAAGUUGUUGGCCAAGAUCUCACGAUACAUGGCCCCAUCCAUCCUCCCCUCAAUACGGUGCAGUCGUCCUGUCCCUUUUGCAGAAAAGCAUCCCCAAAGAAUGAUGUUUCCACCUCCAUGCUUCACGGUUGGGAUGGUGUUCUUGGGGUUGUACUCAUCCUUCUUCUUCCUCCAAACACAGCGAGUGGAGUUUAGACCAAAAAGCUCUAUUUUUGUCUCAUCAGACCACAUGACCUUCUCCCAUUCCUCCUCUGGAUCAUCCAGAUGGUCAUUGGCAAACUUCAGACGGGCCUGGACAUGUGCUGGCUUGAGCAGGGGGACCUUGCGUGCGCUGCAGGAUUUUAAUCCAUGACGGCGUAGUGUGUUACUAAUGGUUUUCUUUGAGACUGUGGUCCCAGCUCUCUUCAGGUCAUUGACCAGGUCCUGCCGUGUAGUUCUGGGCUGAUCCCUCACCUUCCUCAUGAUAAUUGAUGCCCCACGAGGUGAAAUCUUGCAUGGAGCCCCAGACCGAGGUUGAUUGACCGUCAUCUUGAACUUCUUCCAUUUUCUAAUAAUUGCGCCAACAGUUGUUGCCUUCUCACCAAGCUGCUUGCCUAUUGUCCUGUAGCCCAUCCCAGCCUUGUGCAGGUCUACAAUUUUAUCCCUGAUGUCCUUACACAGCUCUCUGGUCUUGGCCAUUGUGGAGAGGUUGGAGUCUGUUUGAUUGAGUGUGUGGACAGGUGUCUUUUAUACUGGUAACGAGUUCAAACAGGUGCAGUUAAUACAGGUAAUGAGUGGAGAACAGGAGGGCUUCUUAAAGAAAAACUAACAGGUCUGUGAGAGCUGGAAUUCUUACUGGUUGGUAGGUGAUCAUAUACUUAUGUCAUGCAAUAAAAUGCAAAUUAAUUACUUAAAAAUCAUACAAUGUGAUUUUCUGGAAAUCGGCAGUGUAUCAAAUACUUGUUCUCCCCACUGUACAUGCCCAUCUGAAGUUUGCCAAUGAACAUCUGAAUGAUUCAGAGGAGAACUGGGUGAAAGUGUUGUGGUCAAAUUAGACCAAAAUGGAGCUCUUUGGCAUCAACUCAACUCGCCGUGUUUGGAGGAGGAGGAAUGCUGCCUAUGACCUCAAGAACACCAUCCCCACCGUCAAACAUGGAGGUGGAAACAUUAUGCUUUGGGGGUGUUUUUCUGCUAAGGGGACAGGACAACUUCACUGCAUCAAAGGGACGAUGGACAGGGCCAUAUACCGUCAAAUCUUGGGUGAGAACCUCCUUCCCUCAGCCAGGGCAUUGAAAAUGGGUCGUGGAUGGGUAUUCCAGCAUGACAAUGACCCAAAACACACGGCCAAAGCAACAAAGGAGUGGCUCAAGAAGAAGCACAUUAAGGUCCUGGAGUGGCCUAGCCAGUCUCCAGACCUUAAUCCCAUAGAAAAUCUGUGGAGGGAGCUGAAGGUUCGAGUUGCCAAACGUCAGCCUCAAAACCUUAAUGACUUGGAGAAGAUCUGCAAAGAGGAGUUGGACAAAAUCCCUCCUGAGUUGUGUGCAAACCUGGUGGCCAACUACAAGAAACGUCUGACCUCUGUGAUUGCCAACAAGGGUUUUGCCACCAAGUACUAAGUCAUGUUUUGCAGAGGGGUCAAAUACUUACUUCCCUCAUAACAUUUUUGACAUGCGUUUUUCUGGAUUUUGUUGUUGUUAUUCUGUCUCUCACUGUUCAAAUAAACCUACCAUUAAAAUUAUAGACUGAUCAUUUCUUUGUCAGUGGGCAAACGUACAAAAUCAGCAGGGGAUCAAAUACUUUUUUCCCUCACUGUACGUCUGUGUGCUGUUUGUGCCUUGUUCUUACCCUCUGUUUGUACCGAAUGAUCUUAGGGAGAAUAGUAGAUAUAACCAGAACCAACCUCUGAAACCGAAUGAAUCCUCAUGUGUUUUCCUAUUAUGACACCAAUGACUCCUAUUCUCUUCUACCUCAUGCCGACCCUCCCAGUCCUGGUCUAGAUGUAGCCCUUUGUCUGCUGGUUUUCAUUCUAAAAAGAAUUUAAGAAAAAAAAAACGCUUACAGGGGGAAAUUAUGAUUUGGAUUCAAAACUAGCAGACUGCGAGUGGAGAAAUAUUAUAGCGAAAUAAGGCAAGCCAGAAUUGUGUGUGAAGUCAAGACUUCCCUUCGUGUAUCGGGGCAGGGAGAGUGUGUGUAUGUGUGUGUGACAGUGUUUGUCGGACCCACCCCUCCAACCCCCACCCCAUACCCUCCAGGUGUCCCGGUUAACAGCAGGGUGUCCACUAAGAUUCAGCAGCUGCUCAACACCUUGAAGAGGCCCAAGAGGCCCCCCCUCAGUGAGUUCUUCAUGGACGACCAGGAGGAGAUCGUAGAGGGUGAGUCACCAUUUAUUCUUCAAUCAGUAGAUCUCUCUUAGCCUGGUCCCAGAUGUUAGUGCAGUCUUGCCAACUCCAGUCAGCACAAACAGAUCUGGGACCAGGCUAUAUCUCUGUCAAUGUCACCUACAAUGUUUUUAUUUCCACCCCUCUGUCCCAACCUCAAAGGUGCUCUCUGGUUAAUUCUGCUCACCCCCCCUCCUCCUCCAGUGCCUCAGCCGGACCCCAACACCCCGCGGCCAGAGGGCCGUCAGAUCAUCCCAGUGAAGGGGGAGCCCCUGGGGGUGGUCAGUAACUGGCCCCCUGCCCUCCAGGCUGCCCUGGCUCGCUGGGGGGCCACACAGGGCAAGAGCCCCGCCCUCACCGCCUUGGACAUCACUGGCAAACCCCUGUACACACUGACCUACGGUAAGAAACUUGGCCCACAGACAAAGCCCUGUACACACUGACCUACGGUAAGAAACUAGGCCCACAAACAAACCCCUGUACACACUGAUCUACGGUUAGAAACUUGGCCCACAGACAAAGCCCUGUACACACUGACCUACGGUAAGAAACUAGGCCCACAAACAAACCCCUGUACACACUGACCUACGGUACGUCACAGUAUCAACCCCCCCCCCCCCCCCUCUUCAUGGUAAUACCAUUGCUUAAAGUUAAAUAACUCAACUUACUAUAUAGUGAGGGUCAAGGCCUGGCCCUGGAUAAUGUAUUUCUUAUAUUCUUUCAGGUUAUUGUUGGUACUAUACUGUACUCAUGGUGUGGGUAGAGUAAUCAAAGUAAUGGAGGGUUAUGAGAGGAGGAGUAUGAGAUUGAUUGACAGAUUGUGCCACUGUUAUUUACGAUGCCCGCCCUCCCUCUUUCCUCUCUCCUCCUCCCUCCUCCCCUUCUCCCUCCAUCAGGAAAGCUGUGGAGCCACAGUGUGAAGCUGGCCUACACCCUACUCAAUAAACUGGGGCCCAAGAACGAGCAGGUCCUCAAGCCUGGGGACAGGGUGAGACACACAGACUCACACUACUUCUACUUCCCUCUGUGUCGUAAUGAUAUAUCGUCAAAACAAUCCCAUACAUUAAAGCUGCAAUAUGUACAUUUUGGGGCGACGUGACCAAAUUCACAUAGACAUUUUAGUUAUAGAUCUGUCAUUAUCAUUGAAGCAGUAGAUAUGUUCUAUGUGCACUAUUUCUAUGCUUCCCGUGCUUACGUUUUUCGUCUUUUACUUUCGGUUUUGUACACAAGCUUCAAACAGCUGAAAAUACAAUAUUUUUGGUUAUGUAAAAUAUAUUUGGCAGCAGUUUAGAUGGUACAAUGAUUCUCUACACUACAUUAUACUUGGUUGAUUUGUCACAUAAACUGAAAUGAGGCGAAGUAUCCGAAUUUUAGCAACCAGGAAGUGGCGGAGCAAUUUCUGCAUAGUGCACCUUUUUAAGGUCCAUACAUACAACUUCGUUUUUUCUUUUAUUUCCUGUAGGUGGCUCUAGUGUACCCUAACAGUGACCCUGGGAUGUUCUUGGUGGCCUUCUAUGGCUGCCUACUAGCUGAGGUCAUCCCUGUCCCUAUAGAGGUACCUCUGUCUCGCAAGGUAAGGAACAUGCCAUUGGAACUUAUUCAAACCCACAUUGACAUGCUGUUAUAUCUGCUCUGGGAUUGACUCCAUGUCUCAUUGUUGUUCCGCCACCAGGAUGCAGGCAGUAGUCAGGUGGGCUUCUUGCUGGGCAGCUGUAGUGUGAGUCUGGCACUGACCAGUGAGAUCUGUCUGAAGGGACUUCCCAAGAUGCCCUCCGGAGAGAUACUACAGUUUAAAGGUCAGGAGCUGCCUCUCUUACUGCCGUGUUCCAGAGCAUCAAUGUUACUCCGUCACAGGUGACCGACUGAGUAGACUGACUGAUCUACAAAUAAUAAUUAGUUAUUUAGGAAGCCAGGUGGUUUGUAGUCAUCGAGUCGGCGACUGCAAUCUGGUCGAUCUCAAACACAACCAUUGUCUCUGGAGAUCCAAAUGUGAUACUUUUCCUCUUUCGCUAUGAGUCUCUUUUUAAUGAAGUUGAUUGGCUGAUGUAUGAUAUUGACUGUCUCUUAUAGGCUGGCCUCGGCUAAAGUGGGUGGUGACAGACUCCAAGUACCUCAUCAAACCUGGCAAGGACUGGCAGCCCCACAUCCCUACAGCUAACACUGACCCUGCAUACAUAGAGGUGAGACGUGUGUGUACGUGCACAUGCAUGUGUGUGUACUCCUAAUCCAAUCCUAAGUAAUUGUGUUUUCUCUCCCUCUAGUACAAGGCUAGUAAGGAGGGCACAGUGAUGGGUGUGGCUGUGUCUAAGGUGGCCAUGUUGACCCAUUGCCAAGCACUGACCCAGGCCUGCAACUACUGUGAGGGUGAGUAACUACAUUAUAUGAGAGAGACAUACUCUAUCGUGAGAGUAAAUCUAUGGCAUUUUAUGAGGACGAUACACAGGGAACAAGUGUUUGAAGGAUGCUUCUCAUAGGGACUUAUCUGUUUCUGUUCUUAGGUGAGACACUAGUGAAUGUUCUGGACUUUAAAAAGGACAUGGGCCUGUGGCAUGGAGUUCUCACGGUGAGUGUGUGGUGAUGGGAGGAUAAUAGUUACUGAUUUCAUAUCAUAUGUAUUUCCGUUUAAUAAGUUGAAUUUUGUUCUUCUUUCAGAGUGUAAUGAACAGGAUCCACACCAUCAGUGUGCCCUACGCUGUGAUGAAGGCUUGCCCUCUCUCCUGGGUUCAGAGGGUCCACAUGCACAAAGGUAGUUACACCACCCCCACCUCCACACUCUCUCCCUCUGUGUGACCAUGAGAACACUGUGAUGUUCAUGUACUCAUUUGUCCCUCCUCUUCCCCCAAAGCACGCGUUGCCUUGGUGAAGUGUCGUGACCUGCACUGGGCCAUGAUGGCACACAGGGAACAGAGGGACACCAGCCUGGCUUCACUGCGCAUGCUCAUCGUCGCUGAUGGAGCCAACCCCUGUGAGUGUGAAAUGUAGUCCAUGCAGGGAAAUGUAGUCUGUGUGGAAGCCACACUGGAACUACAGAUGGCAGACAUGCUUGGAACUGGUCUGCAUGGAAUCUUCCAAGCAGUCAGUGGGGCUGACAGACUGCAGACAUCCCACAUGCAAUAGGACAAUUGCAAGUGAAAAACAAAGCCCUGUAUGGUUAGAAUGGAUACCCUCUAAAAAUGGUCAGUGUUGUGAGAUGUCUCUCUCUAUAUCUGUGUCUCUCCCUUAGGGUCGGUGUCGUCCUGUGAUGCCUUCCUCAACGUGUUCCAGAUCCACGGGUUGAAGCCAGAGGUCAUCUGUCCCUGUGCCACCUCCCCUGAGGCCAUGACGGUGGCCAUCCGCAGGUAGGAUAGGCCUGAUGGGUCUUCUUGGCGAAUGUAACAGUUUGUGUUUUGUUUUGCUUCUUGGCCAAAUGUGUUUUUAGGACCCUGAUUUGCCUCUGGAAAAAUGGGAGAAAAUGAAAGUGACGUACUGCACCUUCAAUGUUUGAAAGCAUGUAUUGAUACAAGGAUCGUCUUUCGGUAGUGUGUGUAUAUUUUUCUGUAAAAUCCCUGUCCCGUCCUGUACCCCUCUGUGUGCAGGCCGGGGGUGCCGGGGACGCCCCUCCCAGCCAGGGCCAUCCUCUCCAUGGGGGGUCUAAGUCACGGGGUCAUCAGGGUCAACACGGAGGACAAGAACUCUGCCCUCACCGUGCAAGACGUGGGUCACGUGAUGCCUGGAGGUGAGGAUAGGGGAUAGGGGGUGCACAGUAUAAAAGAGAGAGAGAAAUGGGGAAUGAUAUCAGGAGUGAAAUCCAUUUGUAUGUGUAUAACUGGCUUACAAGUCACAGGCAGGGCUACAGUAACUCAUCACGAGAGUGUGAUUCCAAAUCACCUCCAAGGCAUGUCCAUUUUUAAAUAUGAAUGUGUUUGUUUCUUUGUGUAAAUAGUUUCCUGUAAUUAUGUGUGCAUUAUUAUUCCUGUACAUGUAUUUAUGUGUGCAGCUGACUGUGUCUCUGUGUCUGUAUCGCUGAUGUGUAUAGUGAAGCCUGUCUCUGUGUCUUUAUCUCUGAUGUGUAUAGUGAAGCCUGACUCUGUCUCUGUGUCUGUAUCGCUGAUGUGUAUAGUGAAGCCUGUCUCUGUCUGUAUCUCUGAUGUGUAUAGUGAAGCCUGACUCUGUCUCUCUCUGUAUCACUGAUGUGUAUAGUGAAGGCUGAUGCUGUCUCUGUGUCGGUGUCUCUGAUGUGUAUAGUGAAGGCUGACGCUGUCUCUGUGUCGGUGUCUCUGAUGUGUAUAGUGAAGCCUGUGUCUGUAUCUCUGAUGUGUAUAGUGAAGCCUGUCUCUGUCUCUGUGUCUGUAUCUCUGAUGUGUAUAAUGAAGCCUGUCUCUGUGUCUGUAGCUCUGAUGUGUAUAGUGAAGGCUGUCUCUGUGUCUGCAGCUCUGAUGUGUACAGUGAAGCCUGUCUCUGUGUCUGUAUACAGUUGAAGUUGGAAGUUUACAUACACCUUAGCCAAAUAUAUUUAAACUAAGAUUUUCACAAUUCCUGACAUUUAAUCCUAGUAAAAAUUCCCUGUUUUAGGUCAGUUAGGAUCACCACUUUAUUUUAAGAAUGUGAAAUGUCAGAACAAUAGCAAAGAGUGAUUUAUUUCAGCUUUUAUUUCUUUCAUCACAUUCCCAGUGGGUCAGAAGUUUACAUACACUCAAUUAGUAUUUGGUAGCAUUGCCUUCAAAUUGGUUAACUUGGGUCAAACUUCUUGGGUAGCCUUCCACAAGCUUCCCACAAUAAGUUGGGUGAAUUUUGGCCCAUUCCUCCUGACAGAGCUGGUGUAACUGAGUCAGGUUUGUAGGCCUCCUUGCUCGCAUACACUUUUCAGUUCUGCCCACAAAUGUUAUAUAGGAUUGAGGUCAGGGCUUUGUGAUGGCCACUCCAAUACCUUGACUUUGUUGUCCUUAAGCCAUUUUGCCACAACUUUGGAAGUAUGCUUGGGGUCAUUGUCCAUUUGGAAGACCCAUUUGCAACCAAGCUUUAACUUCCUGACUGAUGCUUCAAUAUAUCCACAUAAUUUUCCUUCCUCAUGAUGCAUCUAGUUUGUGAAGUGCACCAGUCCCUCCUGCAGCAAAGCACCCCAACAGCAUGAUGCUGCCACCCCCGUGCUUCACGGUUGGGAUGGUGUUCUUCGGCUUGCAAUCCACCCCCUUUUUCCUCCAAACAUAACGAUGGUCAUUAUGGCCAAACAGUUCUAUUUUUGUUUCAUCAGACCAGAGGACAUUUCUCCAAAAAGUACGAUCUUUGUCCCCAUGUGCAGUUGCAAAAAGUAGUCUGGCUUUUUUAUGGCGGUUUUGGAGCAGUCGCUUCUUCCUUGCUGAGCGGCCUUUCAGGUUAUGUCGAUAUAGGACUCGUUUUACUGUGGAUAUAGAUACUUUUGUACCUGUUUCCUCCAGCAUCUUCACAAGGUCCUUUGCUGUUGUUCUGGGAUUAAUUUGCACUUUUCGCAACAAAGUACGUUCAUCUCUAGGAGACAGAACGCGUCUCCUUCCUGAGCGGUAUGACGGCUGCGUGGUCCCAUGGUGUUUAUACGUGCGUACUAUUGUUUGUACGUGGUACCUUCAGACAUUUGGAAAUUGCUCCCAAGAAUGAACCACACUUGUGGAGGUCUACAAUUGUAUUUCUAAGGUCUUGGCUGAUUUCUUUGGAUUUUCCCAUGAUGUCAAGCAAAGAGGCACUGGGUUUGAAGGUAGGCCUUGAAAUACAUCCACAGGUACACCUCCAAUUGACUCAAAUGUUGUCAAUUACCCUAUCAGAAGCUUCUAAAGCCAUUACAUCAUUUUCUGGACUUUUCCAUGCUAUUUAAAGGCACAGUCAACUUAGUGUAUGUAAACUUCUGACCCACUGGAAUUGUGAUACAGUGAAUUAUAGGUGAAAUAAUCUGUCCGUAAACAAUUUUUGGAAAAAUUACUUGUGUCAUGCACAAAGUAGAUGUCCUAACCUACUUGCCAAAACUAUAGUUUAUAAACAAGACAUUUGUCUAUGCAAACUUCCGACUUCAACUGUAUCUGAUGUGUAUAGUGAAGCCUGACUCUGUCUGUAUCUCUGAUCUGUAUAGUGAAGCCUGACUCUGUCUCUGUGUCUGUAUCUCUGAUCUGUAUAGUGAAGCCUGUCUCUGUCUGUAUCUCUGAUCUGUAUAGUGAAGCCUGUCUCUGUCUGUAUCUCUGAUCUGUAUAGUGAAGCCUGUCUCUGUCUGUAUCUCUGAUCUGUAUAGUGAAGCCUGUCUCUGUCUGUAUCUCUGAUCUGUAUAGUGAAGCCUGUCUCUGUCUGUAUCUCUGAUCUGUAUAGUGAAGCCUGUCUCUGUCUGUAUCUCUGAUCUGUAUAGUGAAGCCUGACUCUGUGUCUGUAUCUCUGAUGUGUAUAGUGAAGCCUGUCUCUGUGUCUGCAGCUCUGAUGUGUAUAGUUAAGCCUGAAGGGCCUCCUCAGCUGUGUAAGACAGAUGAGAUAGGGGAGAUCGUGGUGAACUCUCGUGCCGGAGGCAACAUGUACUAUGGCCUCCCAGGAGUCACCAAGAACACCUUUGAGGUACGGACCCACAACCAUUAAAUUCCCCCUUAUGUGUUACAGCACAUCUUACACCUGGUCAGACACCUGGUCAGACACACCAAUAUGCUGUUCAACCCUUCUUCUAUUAGACAUUUUAAUGAAACAUCUGUUUCUGUCUGUCUAUAGGUGAUUCCUGUCAAUACUCUUGGUGCUCCUAUUGGAGACAUCCCCUUUGUGAGAUCUGGUCUCCUAGGCUUCGUAGGACCCGUAAGUAGGACUGUCGUGUGUGUGCGCGUGCGUACAUGUGUGUGUCAGUGUAUAUUGACGGCUGUGUUUAACCCUUCUACAGGGCAGUCUGAUAUUUGUGGUGGGGAAGAACGAAGGCCUGCUGAUGGUGAGUGGGAGGAGACACAACGCUGAUGAUUUGGUGGCCACAGCACUGGCCGUGGAGCCUGUCAAGACUGUGUAUCGCGGAAGGUGAGGACUCUGUGUGUGUGCAUGUACAGUUGAAGUCGGAAGUUUACAUACACUUAGGUUGGAGACAUUAAAACUUGUUUUUCAACCACUGCACAAAUGUCUUGUUAACAAACUAUAGUUUUGGCAAGUCGGUUAGGACAUCUACUUUGUGCAUGACACAAGUAAUUUUUCCAACAAUUGUUUACAGACAGAUUAUUUCACUUAGAAUUCACUGUAUCACAAUUCCAGUGGGUCAGAAGUUUACAUACACUAAGUUGACUGUGCCUUUAAACAGCUUGGAAAAUUCCAGAAAAUGAUGUCAUGGCUUUAGAAGCUUCUGAUCAUUUGAGUCAAUUGGAGGUGUACCCGUGGAUGUAUUUCAAGGCCUACCUUCAAACUCAGUGCCUCUUUGCUUGACAUCAUGGGAAAAUCCAAAGAAAUCAGGCAAGACCUCAGAAAACAAAUUGUAGACCUCCACAAGUCUGGUUCAUUCUUGGGAGCAAUUUCCAAACGCCUGAAGGUACUACCUUCAUCUGUACCAACAAUAGUAUGCAAGUAUAAACACAGUGGGACCUCGCAGCCGUCAUACCGCUCAGGAAGGAGACGCGUUCUGUCUCCUAGAAAUGAACAUACUUUGGUGCGAAAAGUGCAAAUCAAUCCCAGAACAACAGCAUAGGACCUGCUGGAGGAAACAGGUACAAAAGUAUCUAUAUCCACAGUAAAAUGAGUCCUAUAUCGACAUAACCUGAAAGGCUGCUCAGCAAGGAAGAAGCCACUGCUCCAAAACUGCCAUAAAAAAAGCCAGACUACGGUUUGCAACUGCACAUGGGGACAAAGAUCGUACUUUUUGGAGAAAUGUCCUCUGGUCUGAUGAAACAAAAAUAGAACUGUUUGGCCAUAAUGACCAUCAUUAUGUUUGUAGGAACAAGGGGGUGGCUUGCAAGCCGAAGAACACCAUCCCAACCAUGAACCAUGCUGUUGGGAUGCUUUGCUGCAGGAGGGACUGGUGCACUUCACAAACUAGAUGGCAUCAUGAGGAAGGAAAAUUAUGUGGAUAUAUUGAAGCAUCAGUCAGGAAGUUAAAGCUUGUUGGCAAAUGGGUCUUCCAAAUGGACAAUGACCCCAAGCAUACUUCCAAAGUUAUGGCAAAAUGGCUUAAGGACAACAAAGUCAAGGUAUUGGAGUGGCCAUCACAAAGCCCUGACCUCAAUCCUAUAGGAAUGGUGUGGGCAGAACUGAAAAAGCGUGUGCGAGCAAGGAGGCCUACAAACCUGACUCUGUUACACCAGCUCUGUCAGGAGGAAUGGGCCAAAAUUCACCCAACUUAUUGUGGGAAGCUUGUGGGAGGCUACCUGGAACGUUUGACCCAAUUUAAACAAUUUAAAGGCAAUGCUACCAAAUACUAAUUGAGUGUAUGUAAACUUCUGACCCACUGGGAAUGUGAUGAAAGAAAUAAAAGCUGAAAUAAAUAAUUCUCUCUACAAUUAUUCGGACAUUUCACAUUCUUAAAAUAAAGUGGUGAUCCUAACUGACCUAAGACAGGGAAUAUUUACGAGGAUUAAAUGUCAGGAAUUGUGAAAAACUGAGUUUAAAUGGAUUUGGCUAAGGUGUAUGUAAACUUCGGAUUUCAACUGUAUUUGAAUCAACAGUGGAUGAGAUCUGUGCAGUGUGGGCUCGAUGGGAGUGAAUUGUUGUGGGGAUUGAGAAUAGAGAUGUAUAGAGAUAUAGAGAUCAUUACUUGGAAAUAACAAUUUUUUGCAUGGACAUUCUCAUUGAGGGCUUCCACCAUUUUAAAGUAGUCAACUGGGUGGGGAUUCCUAUGGGUUGGGAACGAUCAGCCAAUGAUCAGAGCAUUGUCUUCUUCUUCAAAUUGGUUUGCCUAUUUUAUAAAUGGCUUUAAGCUAUAUCACCGCCAUUUAGUGGCCACAAUAAAUGAAUGAUACACAAGAUUUUGUUCAAGACUCCAGCAAUGCAGGUGGCAGUAAGUCACCAAUAUUAGCUUGACACUGUUUUCCAACAUCAAAAGAAGAAGAAAAUUGACUACUUUAAAAUGUCACAGACGCCAUAAUGGCACAGAUACAACGUUGCGAUCUCUAUACAUCUCUGGCAUUGAGUGUUUGUUGUGUAUCACCACUGUCAUCUGGUGGUUGUUAGUGAGCACUGAAGGCCCAUAGUGACAAUACUGUUGUGAUAAUAUGAGUGUAUACAGCGUAUUUCUGUGUGGGGUGUAGGAUGUGGUGUGUAUUGGCUCCUUGCAGAGAAGAGAAUCUCAAGCUGUGAAAAUGCUUGUUAUCAGAGUGGUUUUUUUGUGUGUAGGAAUUGUGGUGUUCUCUGCUUUAUGUGUGGAUGUGUAUUUAUGUGUAAUGAAUAUAUAUGUGUGUGACUAUGGAUCCUUGCAGAAUAUACAUUCUAAUUGUAUGUGUGCGUGUGUGCUUGCAUCCGUGCGUGUGUGUCAGGAUUGCGGUGUUCUCUGUGACGGUCUUCUAUGAUGAGAGGAUAGUUAUUGUGGCAGAGCAGAGGCCAGAUGCCAGUGAGGAGGACAGCUUCCAGUGGAUGAGCAGAGUACUGCAGGUAGCUAACCCCUCUACAAACCCCUCUUUCUUGGUACAUUCCAAAUUUACUCUAAACACUUGAUUAGGGAAGUUGUCUAACUGAGGGGUGUUGUGUGUGUGUGUGUGUCCAUUGUCCAGGCCAUUGACAGUAUUCACCAGGUGGGUCUGUACUGCCUAGCUCUGGUGCCUGCCAACACGUUACCCAAGACCCACCUGGGAGGGAUCCACAUCUUCGAGACCAAGCAGCACUUCCUGGACGGCAACCUGCACCCCUGUAACAUCCUCAUGUGCCCCCAUACCUGUGUCACCAACCUCCCCAAACCACGGCAGAAACAGCCAGGUACAGUUGGCUCAGUUCAGAGGAUCAUACAGCACACUUGGCAACUGAUUGGCUUACAGUGGCCAGGACCUUUGAGCUAGGGACUGUUUAUCUGAUUGUAAAUAUUCAUGUCUCUCUCUCUCUCUCUCUCUCUCUCUCACAUUCUCUCUCCCUCUCUUUAGUGGGUGUGGGUCCAGCCUCCAUCAUGGUGGGGAACCUGGUAGCAGGGAAGAGGAUAGCCCAGGCAGCAGGCAGGGAUCUGGGAAUGAUCGAGGACCAGGACCUGGUCAGGAAGGUAGGACCACCUCAGGACCUCUCUCAUCAUCACACCAGUUAGAAAGGACCCAGCUAGCACAUGCACAGUGACCCAUAGCAGGGUAGGGACGAUAGCGGUAUCUGGCACUAAUAACCUGGUGGUAGCCAAAACUACUAGCAAUGGCAUGCCGACUGCCGGAUAGUCACGGUCAGUAUGCUGUUGGGGUGCCAGUGGCAUAAUACCACCAUAUUGGUUGCAAACAGCGGUCCGAUAUGGGCUUGCCUGCAGUGGUGUGCUGCCUCUUUGCCACCAGUGGUCCAGUAAGUGUUUGCUAGCUGGGUAGUUAGACAGGACAAGAUAGCUGGUAAACCAUGUGGGCAACAUGAUGCAUUCUCUUCUCUGUCCUAAUGCACCCAUCUCUCUGGAUGUAUAUAGCUCCGUAUGUGGCCUACUAUCAUGGUAAGAGCUACUGCCCCCUCUAACUCUGUAACCCCUACACCCCAAACCCUGAUCCUACCUUUGCUUCUGCCUGCAAUGGGCUGUACAGUGAAGCUCCCAAUGUGAAUGGAGGCAUUUUUCAGUUGCACACGCAGAUCUUUAUAUGGAUGCAUCGCUAAGUUCUGGCAAGAUGUGAGAUCUUGCAUGGUGUCAGAAGUGAUGUGCGGAAUCUGCAUGUGCCAAUGUAUUACGCAGUUUUUGGUUAUUUUUCUGCAUCACAGCACAGUUAUGGUGACAGUCUGUCGUGGUACCUCUUAAUGCCACCUGAUGCCCCAUGCCUUCCAUUGUCCCCCAUCACCUCUGAAUGUUCAAAAUACUACACACACACACACAUACACUAGCAAUGCGCAUGCCCGCCUACCUGAGGAGCUGUCUUUUUCAGCCAUCUGUUUCCUGUGUUUUAGGGGUGCAAAAUCUACUUGUCACUUAAAUCUCGUUGGAUUGAUUGCUUUCAUUUUACUCCUGCGACUCUUUGAUACUCUUGCUUGUGCCUGACUUUUUUCCCUUUAACAUUACGACCGCGGAAAUGAUUGUAAUGACCUAUCAACCCCCCCUCCCCGGUAAAGGCUGAAAUGGGCUCAAUGGAAUACAUUGUCUUUCCGUUGCAUCUAUAAGAACGCUAAAGCUUUGUAUGGGAUUUAACGCAUCGUCUCAACACUUACAUCACAAGAAAGAGAAGAAAGAUAACUUUUUAUUUGAUGGGUGUUCAUUUUUUUGGAAUUGAAAAAAGUAGUCAUUUAAUACAGUUGAAAUGUUUACAAAUUAGAUGUGCUGAAAUUAAAGCAACUUCUGAAAAUGAACACUCAGAUUAUAGUGAUAUUAUGUCUGAUCUUGCAAACAAUGUAAAGUAUAGCUGGGUAUCAUCUAGAGCCAAGCAUGUUGAUUUUUAAUCCGAGGGUAUCCUGCUAUUGACACACUUGUUGAAUUAUGCAACAGAACGUGACAACAACAGUAAUUCAUGAGGCAGUCGAGACAGCGCAGGUGAGUGUAGUGUAGGUAGGCCUAAAUAGAGCAGGUUUGUGGGGGUUACAGCCCUAUUCCACCCCUUUAUGUUAAUGUUUUCAUAUAUGCAAAUACACCCAGUGUAUUUAUGCAAAUUGGGCACAUCAAAUUUUCUUUAUUUUAACACAAAAUAUAUAUUUAAAAAAUACCAUUAGAAAAUGUGUAUAUAUGAGUGGAUUCUAGAAAAUGUAUAUAUGAGUGCAUUCUCACCAAAAUCCCUGACAUUUGGAUUAUCUUUAUCCAUUGUCCAACUGUUGCAUUUAUUAGAAUAGUUUUUAAAAUGUUGAUGACCGUUGCUACACACACACAGACACACACACACACACACACACACACAGGCCUUGCUGAUACACACACACACACACACACACACACACACACACACACACACACACACACACACACACACACACACACAGGCCUUGCUGAUCUGCAGAGUUGUGUGGACUCAGAGGAAGUCCCUGGCAAGCCAUCUUCUCGAAAUCCAGACAUCCAUAUCUCCUCUUUAUGUGCUUUGCUUUCUUUCCCCAAUCGAUCUCUCCCCAUCAUUGCUGUUAGCUACAACUUCAGUUUUUCAUUAUUUUAAGAAGUAGUUUGGCUAAUGCUUUGCCAAUGGGAGUGACAGUUGCCUUCCUCCUGGGAGAAAGCUGCCUACGGAGGACAUUUUGGCUCCAGGUUUAUUUACUGCAGAGUGACUGUAUUGACCAUCUUCAUGUCCUUAGACUUAAGUUAAGAGAAUUAACUUAAGGAAAUUAAAGGUAUAUCGAGUUCCUCCCAUCAGCAAAAUAAAACUCCUAUUAUAUUUAUGUGUGGUUAUUUUGUCUUAACUUUAUAUCAAUGUAUUAUACAAAUCUUGUUUAAUAUAAAAUUGACAUCCAUAUUGACAUGAUUGCUAUGGAAUGACCUUUGACCCUCUCUUUUCUCUCUUCAGCACCAGUUCCUGUCCGAGGCUCUACAGUGGAGGGCACAGACUGACCCAGACCACUGUCUCUAUGUGCUGCUCAAUGCAAAGGUAGCACUCUCACUCUUAUAGACUGACAAUAAACAGAACCCCCCCAUAUACAGUUGGGCCCAGUUUUAAAUAAACCCCAUUGCCCCUACCCUCGCUGUCUUCAGGGAGUAGCGGUAUGCACAGCAACAUGUGUGCAGCUGCACAAGCGGGCAGAGAAGAUUGCAGCGGCGCUCACAGAGAAAGGCACCAUCAACACCAGGAACAACGUGGUACUGCUCUACCCUCCUGGUGGGUCAUUCCGUCCACCUGUCUGUCUGUCUGUCCGUCUGUCCAUCUGUCACACUCACACUGAGAAGUGGCAUAGUCAUACACAUUCAGGAUGACUUACUGUUAAAGUCUCUCUCUCUCAUUCUGUCUCUCACUCUAGGUAUUGAUCUGAUAGCCUCCUUCUAUGGCUGCCUGUAUGCUGGCUGUGUUCCUGUCACUGUCAGACCUCCUCAUCCACAGAACCUGGCAGCCACACUGCCAACUGUCCGCAUGAUCAUCGACGUAAGUGUGUGUGUUUGUGUGCAUGUGUGCUAUCUUUUGAUCACGUGAGUGUAUGAGGUUGGGUGCUAUUUUAGGAGCAUGAUGUUUGGGUGUCAUUAUUCUGGUCUUCCAAAGGUAGGAAGUUGGAACCAUACUUUUCUACUAACUAACAUGUUGUUUGUGGUGCCACUGUCUGUCCCCAGGUCAGUAAAGCUGCCUGUAUCCUCACCACUCAGAACCUCAUGAGGAUCCUGCGCUCCAAAGAGGCUGCUGCCACUGUGAACAUUAAAACAUGGCCGACAAUCAUAGACACAGGUACCAUAGAACAGGGGUUCUAAAAGAGUGUGGUGCAGGGGACCCCUUUUGUGAUAGUGAAUUCAUCAGGGACCCCACAUAAUCAGAACACAACUCGAUUAAGAUAAAAAUAGCAUAGAAGGAGUUUUACUAUGACUUCAGCAGUGCAUGGCCAGACAAACCAAGUCUCAUGCCCUGGGAAGGAACAUUUUAAAGGGCCGCCUAUUGGCAUCUGAGAGAUUUUUGUUAAUUUUCAAGCUAAUUUCCUGAAAUUCUACACAUUUUGUCAUGGGGCAGAGAUAUUUUUUGUUGUUGCAGCUUUAAAGAGUAACUUUCAUGAAAACGUUUUUUUCAUCGAAAACCAGAUGUUUUAGGCUUAGUUAUAGUGAAACACAUCAAUUCUGGUCUUCAUUUUGACAGUUCGUAGCAACUCAAAAGUGAUAUAUUUUGGUAUUUUAGUAGUAAAUCUAGCUCUUUUUGCCCCUAGCGGUUCAACUCUGCCAUUGAAAUCGUGAUGUAAAGGCACCUUGAGAAGGUGCCUCUGUGUCAUCACAAGGGAGGGGUUCAGUAUGAAAUUACCUCCCUUCUAGAUGAGCUGGGUGGUACCACCUCAAGGCUUACUAUAAAAGCAGGUGACAGCGCACCUUAUUUGGCAAUGGUCUUGGUAAAUGGAUUGUGCCAAUAUCUUUUGCAUGAUGCUUCCUUGACUCGACUGACAUUACACAACAUUCUAAAGGCAGUAAGGCACAUUUCAGCAUAUGACCAAAUUCAACGUUUUUGCUUACCAUUUCAUACAUCUGUAUGUGCUUUGACAAAGAAAAAAAACAUGUAGGCUAUGAGGAUCAUGCGUUUAUUCGUAGCUACAUCCAUUGUAACAAGAAAUAGAUGACAAUGGUGGUCAUGUCAGUUGGUUGUAGUGACUGGUGGCGCAGUCUGCUAAAACAGUUGCCUGGCUCAUAGUUCAAUGGUUGUGAGUUCUAAUCCCACACGGGGCAGAUGUCUUUUUAAACAUUUUAAUCCUUAAUUUACAAUAUUCAUCCUGUGCCCACACACGUCUCAUUCUGAAAAGUGAAAGCAUACCUGUGAGAGGGGUUGCCCUGGUAGUAGUUGUAGGUUUUUAUACAGUACCCAAGACCAAUCUGUGAGUUAAUUUGCAAUAGAUGUCAGGAAAUCCGCACCUUACCACUGUGAGCUAACUGUCCAGAGCUGUAUUUGUUCGCAAUCCAUAUAGGUUUAUUAUCAGAGUGUGCCAGUGGACUUCUGGUGAGUAUACUUAAGUGAGAAAGUGUUGGGAUCAGGUACAACUACAUUUACCCACCCCCAAAAUGAAUAUUUAUGAGCAAAUCCCCAACCCACAACUUCUCACCUCAAUGCAAUUAUAAAUAUUUUCAAGUCUGCCCAAAUGUGCCGAAUUGGUCAAUUGAUACAUUUUCAAGUACAUAACUAUAGAGAACAUACAAAAAUGAUAUGGUAAUACAAAAUGUAAGUUUACACUCUCCCAUUUUUUUGAAGAGGUUGGGCAAAGGCUGAAUUUGGGGUUGAGCGUUACCUUUCAAGCUAAUAUCCUACAAUUCCACACAUUUUGCUAUGAGGCUGAGAGAACUUUGCUUAGAUAACAGUGCAUUUGUAAAAAAAUUAAAAAAUUAAAAAAAUUCUAAAUCAUUCUGGGUAUUACAAUAAGUAUUGAGUUGAAAAAUGUGGAGGACUGUGGAUAUCCCUGUGAGCCACCUAGGCCCAUGUUGCCCAGGGUUAAAAACAGAAAUUGUAGAUGAAUAAUAUCACAUCGUAUUGUAUUACACUCUCUAAACUUAUUCCACAGAUCCCUUGUCCAUAAUUUGUUUAACCUCUUAAGGAUCGGACCCUGUUUUCGCUUUGUCAUUAUGGGGUAUUGUGUGUAGAUUGAUGAGGAAAAACAUAAAUUUCAUCAAUUUUAGAAUAAGGCUGUAACGUAACAAAAUGUGGAAAAAGGGAAGGGGUCUGAAUACUUUUCGAAUGCACUGUGUGUGUGUGUGUGUGUGUGUGUGUGUGUGUGUGUAUGUAUGUAAGUAUGUACAGUGGGGAAAAAAAGUAUUUAGUCAGCCACCAAUUGUGCAAGUUCUCCCACUUAAAAAGAUGAGAGAGGCCUGUAAUUUUCAUCAUACUCAUAUACUCCCGAGUGGCACAGUGGUCUAAGGCACUGCAUCGCAGUGCUAGCUGUGCCACUAGAGAUCCUGGUUCGAAUCCAGGCUCUGUCGUAGCCGGCCAUGACCGGGAGACCCAUGGGGCGGCGCACAAUUGGCCUAGCGUCGUCUAGGGUAGGGGAGGGAAUGGCCGGCAGGGGAUGUAGCUCAGUUCGUAGAGCAUGGCGUUUGCAACACCGGGGUUGUGGGUUCGAUUCCCACGGGGGGUAUGAAAUAAUAAUAAUAAUAAUUUUAAAAAAGUUUAAAAAAAUAUAUAUAUAUAAUGUAUGUACUAACUGUAAGUCGCUCUGGAUAAGAGCGUCUGCUAAAUGACUAAAAUGUAAAAAAAUGUAAUCAUAGGUACACGUCAACUAUGACAGACAAAAUGAGAGAAAAAAAAUCUAGAAAAUCACAUUGUAGGAUUUUUAAUGAAUCUAUUUGCAAAUUAUGGUGGAAAAUAAGUAUUUGGUCAAUAACAAAAGUUUCUCAAUACUUUGUUAUAUACCCUUUGUUGGCAAUGACACAGGUCAAACGUUUUCUGUAAGUCUUCACAAGGUUUUCACACACUGUUGCUGGUAUUUUGGCCCAUUCCUCCAUGCAGAUCUCCUCUAGAGCAGUGAUGUUUUGGGGCUGUCGCUGGGCAACACAGACUUUCAACUCCCUCCAAAGAUUUUCUAUUGGGUUGAGAUCUGGAGACUGGCUAGGCCACUCCAGGAAAUGCCUUGAAACCUUGAAAUGCUUCUUACGAAGCCACUCCUUCGUUGCCCGGGCAGUUUGUUUGGGAUCAUUGUCAUGCUGAAAGACCCAGCCACGUUUCAUCUUCAAUGCCCUUGCUGAUGGAAGGAGGUUUUCACUCAAAAUCUCACGAUACAUGGCCCCAUUCAUUCUUUCCUUUACACGGAUCAGUCGUCCUGGUCCCUUUGCAGAAAAACAGCCCCAAAGCAUGAUGUUUCCACCCCCAUGCUUCACAGUAGGUAUGGUGUUCUUUGGAUGCAACUCAGCAUUCUUUGUCCUCCAAACACGACGAGUUGAGUUUUUACCAAAAAGUUAUAUUUUGGUUUCAUCUGACCAUAUGACAUUCUCCCAAUCCUCUUCUGGAUCAUCCAAAUGCACUCUAGCAAACUUCAGACGGGCCUGGACAUGUACUGGCUUAAGCAGGGGGACACGUCUGGCACUGCAGGAUUUGAGUCCCUGGCGGCGUAGUGUGUUACUGAUGGUAGGCUUUGUUACUUUGGUCCCAGCUCUCUGCAGGUCAUUCACUAGGUCCCCCCGUGUGGUUCUGGGAUUUUUGCUCACCGUUCUUGUGAUCAUUUUGACCCCACGGGGUGAGAUCUUGCGUGGAGCCCCAGAUCGAGGGAGAUUAUCAGUGGUCUUGUAUGUCUUCCAUUUCCUAAUAAUUGCUCCCACAGUUGAUUUCUUCAAACCAAGCUGCUUACCUAUUGCAGAUUCAGUCUUCCCAGCCUGGUGCAGGUCUACAAUUUUGUUUCUGGUGUCCUUUGACAGCUCUUUGGUCUUGGCCAUAGUGGAGUUUGGAGUGUGACUGUUUGAGGUUGUGGACAGGUGUCUUUUAUACUGAUAACAAGUUCAAACAGGUGCCAUUAAUACAGGUAACGAGUGGAGGACAGAGGAGCCUCUUAAAGAAGAAGUUACAGGUCUGUGAGAGCCAGAAAUCUUGCUUGUUUGUAGGUGACCCAAAUACUUAUUUUCCACCAUAAUUUGAAAAUAAAUUCAUUAAAAAUCCUACAAUGUGAUUUUCUGGAAAGAAAAUUCUCAAUUUGUCUGUCAUAGUUGACGUGUACCUAUGAUGAAAAUUACAGGCCUCUCUCAUCUUUUUAAGUGGGAGAACUUGCACAAUUGGUGGCUGACUAAAUACUUUUUUCCCCCACUGUAUGUAUGUAUGUAUGUAUGUAUGUAUGUAUGUAUGUAUGUAUGUAUGUAUGUAUGUAUGUAUGUAUGUAUGUAUGUAUGUAUGUAUGUAUGUAUGUGUGUGUGUGUGUAUAUAUGUAUGUAUGUGUGUGUGUGUGUGUGUGUGUAUAUAUAUAUUUUUUUAAUUAUUUAUUUAGCGAUCUGGCUGCGAACCCCCUGCAGUACCUCCGCACCCCACUUUGAGAACCCCUGCCAUAGAAGGUCUUACAUACAGUACAUAUCUGACCAUAGAAUCUGAGCCAGAGAAACUCAAUCUUGUUGUAUAUGUUCCCUUCUUCCAGAUGACCUCCCUCGCCGUAGACCCCCAACGAUAUAUAAGCCCCCCACGGCAGAGAUGAUCGCCUAUCUGGACUUCAGUGUGUCCACCACGGGCAUGCUCACUGGGGUCAAGGUAAGGUCACCCACAGGAGGCUAUGGCUUGGUCUCAAUACUCUAAAACAGCCCCAGAUAGUUUGCAAACUUAUGGUGGCCCAUGAGCGGCCUGCCAUCGGCAAAGUCAGUAGCCAACAGCCCAUUUUGCAAAUCUGAUUUACAGUGGGCCAAUGUCGGUGGCCAAUGGCGGUAGCCAUAACCAUGACUUUACCAGUUGAUUCUGCAUCUUUUAUUGGUUGUUUCUUUGGGAGGUGUGUGUGACUGGCUGUGUGCCUCUGUCCAUCAGAUCUCCCAUGCGGCAGUCAGUGCUCUGUGUCGCUCCAUCAAGCUGCAGUGUGAGCUCUACUCCUCACGUCAAAUAGCCAUCUGCCUGGACCCUUACUGUGGCCUGGGCUUCGUACUGUGGUGCCUCGCAAGGUAACACAACACACACACACACACACAGGGUAUCUUUAUCUCUCUCUCAUACAAACAUUUUGAACUCCUACCUUCUCUUGUUUCCUGUGUGUAGUGUGUACUCGGGCCACCAGUCCAUCCUAAUUCCUCCUCUGGAGUUGGAGAGCUGUCUGCCCCUGUGGCUGAGCACCCUGAGCCAGUACCGCAUCAGAGACACCUUUUGCUCCUACUCUGUCAUGGAGCUCUGCACCAAGGGGAUAGGCACGCAGACAGAGAUACUCAAAGUGAGUACAACACACACAUGGUCAUGGUCAUGCUCACACACACACGCUAACUCCCCAUCUCCUUCUCUCUUUCCCUCCAGGCACGGGGUCUGAACCUGUCAUGUGUUAGGAGCUGUGUGGUGAUAGCCGAGGAGCGUCCUCGUCUGGCCCUCACCAUGUCCUUCUCCAAGCUAUUUAAGGACCUGGGCCUCUCACCCCGCGCUGUCAGCACAGCCUUCGGAUCCAGGGUCAACCUGGCCAUUUGCAUGCAGGUACUCAACCAGUUAGAACUGGUUCUGUGAGGAAGUACUAGGCAAAAGGGAAUUUCAUAAGAUGCAAGCAUAACUAAUUUGUUUGGAAAAAUACUUUUAUUAAUGGCUAAAGGAAAACAUAAAUGUUUUGACGGCCAUGGCCAAUGUUCCUAUGAUUUGUGGUUGAACCUUGACUCAUGUUGGUUAAUGCACUGACCAGUGUCUCCCUGAACUGGAGGCUAGAGCCUUCUGUUUACUGUACAUAACAUACAUGUAAAUAAAGGCCUCUGAGGGUUGUCUGCCUUAGUUCAGGUGAGUUAGUACAGCAGGACCUCCCUGUGUGUCUCAUUAAGGACUGAUCCAAGUACAGUGGAUGUGUAUCCAAGUUUUCUGUGUGUUUCUCAGGGCACCACUGGACCGGACCCCUCCACUGUGUAUGUGGACAUGAAGUCCCUCCGCCAUGACAGGUGAGAACAUAUACACUACCGGUCAAAAGUUUUAGAACACCUACUCAUUCAAGGGUUUUCUUUAUUUUGUACAUUGUAGAAUAGUAGUGAAGACAUCAAAACUAUGAAAUAACAUAUAUGGAAUCAUGUAGUAACCAAAAAAGUGUUAACCAAAUCAAAAUAUAUGUUAUAUUUGAGAUUCUUCAAAUAGCCACCCUUUGCCUUGAUGACAGCUUUGCACACUCUUGGCAUUCUCUCAACCAGCUUCAUGAGGUAGUCACCUGUGCCUUCUUAAAAGUUAAUUUGUGGAAUUUCUUUCCUUCUUAAUGCAUUUGAGCCAAUCAGUUGUGUUGUGACAAGGUAGGGGGGGGGGGUGUACAGAAGAUAGCCCUAUUUGGUAAAAGACCAUAUAGUGGCAAGAACAGCUCAAAUAAGCAAAGACAAAUGACAGUCCAUCAUUACUUUAAGACGUGAAGGUCAGUCAAUACGGAACAUUUCAAGAACUUUGAAAGUUUCUUCAAGUGCAGUCGCAAAAACCAUCAAGCGCUAUGAUGAAACUGGCUCUCAUGAGGACCGUCACAGGAAUGGAAGACCCAGAGUUACCUCUGCUGCAGAGGAUAAGUUCAUUAGAGUUACCAGCCUCAGAAAUUGCAUCCAAAAGAAAUGCUUCACAGAGUUCAGGUAACAGACACGUCUCAACAUCAACUGUUCAGAGGAGACUGUGUGAAUCAGGCCUUCAUGGUUGAAUUGCUGCAAAGAAACCACUACUAAAGGACACCAAUAAGAAGAAGAGACUUGCUUGGACCAAGAAACAUGCGCAAUGGACAUUAGACCGGUGGAAAUGUGUCCUUUGGUCUGGAGUCCAAAUUAGAGAGUUUUGGUUCCAACCGCCGUGUCUUUGUGAGACGCAGAGUAGGGGAACGAAUGAUCUCUGCAUGUGUAGUUCCCACCGUAAAGCAUGGAGGAGGAGGUGUUAUGGUGUGGGGGUGCUUUGCUGGUGACACUGUCAGUGAUUUAUUUAGAAGUCAAGGCACACUUAACCAGCAUGGCUACCACAGCAUUCUGCAGCGAUACGCCAUCCCAUCUGGUUUGGGCUUAGUGGGACUAUCGUUUGUUUUCCAAAAGGACAAUGACACAACAAACCUCCAGGCUGUGUAAGGGCUAUUUGACCAAGAAGGAGAGUGAUGGAGUGCUGCAUCAGAUGACCUGGCCUCCACAAUUCCCCGACCUCAACCCAAUUGAGAUGGUUUGGGAUGAGUCGGACGGCAGAGUUAAGGAAAAGCAGCCAACAAGUGCUCAGCAUAUGUGGGAAAUCCUUCAAGACUGUUGGAAAAGCAUUCCAGGUGAAGCUGGUUGAGAGAAUGCCAAUAGUGUGCAAAGCUGUCAUCAAGGCAAAGGGUGGCUAUUUGAAGAAUCUCAAAUAUAAAAUAUAUUUUGAUUUGUUAAACAAUUUUUGGGUUACUACAUGAUUACAUAUGUGUUGUUUCAUAGUUUUGAUGUCUUCACUAUUAUUCUACAAUGUAGAAAAUAGUAAAAAUAAAGAAAAACCCUUGAAUGAGUAGGUGUUCUAAAACUUUUGACCGGUAGUGUAGACUCCUAGUGGUAUGUUUUAAUAUGUGUGAGCAGCUUUGAUGCUGAGGAAGACAUUUUUUACAGUAUUGUGUUCACCAUCACAAUGUGCUUUCAUUUUCUGUCUCAGAGUGAGGCUGGUGGAGAGAGGAGCCCCUCAGAGUCUCCCUCUGAUGGAGUCUGGCAAAGUUAGUCUCCCCUGAUGAAUCCACACACAUUAAAUGCCCUUUGUGCUCAGAUACAAGAUGUGUUGUUAUGGGAGUUUGUUGUUCACCAUCUGUCUGUCUACUCUAUCACUCUCUCUAGAUCUUACCAGGAGUCAGGGUGAUCAUCGUGAACCCAGAGACCAGAGGACCUCUAGGAGAUUCCCAUCUAGGAGAGGUGAGAGGAGAUCAGAACACUAAUAUUAGAGUGAAAAUGUCAACAUAUGGCAUAGAGAAAAGGAUGGGCAUUAUGAAGGGUACAAUUAGGAAAAACUCCUAGCCCUAUCAAUAACCAACAGUUCUCCUCAUACAUAACUCUCCUAUUCCAUCCUUAACUGUACCUUGUCCCCUUCUCUGCUGUCUGUCAGAUCUGGAUCAACAGCCCUCACAGUGCCAGUGGCUACUAUGCCAUCUAUGGAGAGGAGAGCCUGCAGGCCGACCACUUCAACACCAAGCUGAGCUUCGGAGACCCCACGACCCUGUGGGCCAGGACUGGCUACCUGGGCUUCGUCAAGAGGACUGAGCUACUGGACGCCGCUGGGGGUGAGUGGCUGGGCCUGGUCAGGGCUAUGGAGGCUAACGCUAAUGGCUAACAUGAAAAGGGAUGGCUAUGGAUGCUAAUGUUAUUUGUUCCCGUUUUUUUUUUAACAAUACUAAACACACACAUACAAAUGGCAGCAUACAAACACACACAAACAUCAACGACAUCACCCUGCCCAGACCCACCUGCUCACACCCCCAUCCAUCUCCAGCGCCCGUAUCACUCUCUGCCACAUGGUCUCAAGCGGCACCAUUUUGUUUCUCUCCAUCGCCCACACACUUUCAACAUUUAGAUAGUAAAGCAUUUGACCUAUCCAUUGUAUUAACGAUGGAGGAUUGGUUGAUUUUCCCGUUUUUAAGUAUAUGUUUUUCAAGAUGAUUGACAAGAAAAGUAUUGUCCAACCCAUCAGGUAUCUCACUGCACCCUCAUAUAACAUGUCUUGAAAUAUACAGACAGACUGAUUAAAAGUACAUUUACAUUGUAAUACUUCUGACAGCCAACUUUCUAACUCCGCCCAUAACUUCUGGACUUUAUAGCAUUCCCAGAAGGCAUGGAUUGAGUCAUUGUUAGUUUUACACUUAAGACAUGACUGCCGUUGUGCUGUAGAAUUUGUGAAUUUUGUCUCUUGAAUAAUACAUUCUAUACAUUAGUUUAUACUGGAUUAAGCAUACAUUUUAGUUAACUGUAAUUUUGUUAGUUAUGUUCCAACAUUCCCUCAAUCUUGUGCCAACAUCAGUUAUUUUUAAGUCUUGGUUCCAAUAGUUUAUAUUUUUUUCCAAGAGAUUGUCAGUUGGAUAUGCUCUCUAAGGUUUUGUAUAUCUUACCUAUCAUAUGAAUAUCAUUUUCUGACUCAAAUAGGAUUCCCUCAAGAUUGCUCUGAUUUUCAAAAGAUUUCAAAUAGACAUUUCGUGAUACGAAACUUUGAAGUUGUAUGUAUUUGAAAAUAUCUACAUUGGUCAGUCCAAAAUUGCUUUUUAAUUCUGUCAUGGAAAUAAAUAUAUUUCCUGUUACCAAGUCAUUUAUGGUUUCUAUGCCUUUAGUUUUCCAUGGCGACCAAGUUAUCGGUGAAUUCUGAAACACUAUCCAAGGAUUGUUCCAUAGGGUUGUGUUUUUACGGAAUGAUAUUGGUUGUUGUAGAAUCAGUUUCAUUUUCUUCCAUAUUGUUAUUGUUAUGAAGUUGUUAAUGUUCUUAGCUUUAUCCUUUGAAAAUAGACACGUGAAAAGAUUCUGGGGAUGAGCAUGCGGAUCUUCAAUAUGCACCCAUUAUUCCUCCUUAGUGUAUUUAACUAUAUGUCACAAGUAAAAGCCUUGGGUAGCGAGUUGAUACAAUUCCAAGUCUGGAAGGUUAAAACUACUGUCAGACUUAGUGUGGUGAGUGAUUUUUGAAGGAGUCAGGCGCAGGAGGGUAAAUCACAGAAUAAAAGGGUUUAUUCUGAAAACACAGCGGUACGCAGCAAUGCGUCAAACACUCCAGUGCGUAAAUCAGGCACACUGGAAAACAAGGCACACGGGUGAAAUAGGUGUGUGUAAUAAACAAGACAAAACAAAUGGAAUGAUGAGAUGAGGAGCGUCAGUGGCUAGAAAGCCAGUGACGAUGAACGCCGAAGCCUGCCCGAACAAGGAGAGGAGGCAGCUUCGGAGGAAGUCGUGACACUUAGGAAGAUGUAAAACUUUCCUUUUUAUUCUAUGAGUUUUAUUUGCCAAUAUAAAGUCUGUUAUGACCGAGUAUACUUUUUAAAAAGAAUGUCUUCGGUGGGGUAAUUGGUAUUACUAAGAAUAAAUAUAUAAACUUUAGGAGUCAUGCCAAUCUGAAGAGGUUAAUUCUACCUGUAAGAUUUAUGGGAAGAUUGUUCAAUUGAAUUAGAUCUGCUUUCAUAUUGUUAAGUAAUGGGAUGAAGUUAUCUUGAUAUAUUUGUUGUUUGCCGUCACUUAUUAAGCAUCCUAAGUAUUUAAUAUUUUUUGUGGUCCACUUAAAGGAUUGCUGUAGAUCAUGAGUUAUUAUUUUUAUUUUUCCUAUUGCCAUUAUUUAGUUUUUUUUGGUCAGGAUUAUCAGGAGAUCAUCUGCAAAUAAGUUUAGUUUAUAUUCAUGUUUACCGGUACUAAUACCUUUUACGUUUGGGUCCUUUCUUUCUGCAAGCGGUUCAAUUGCCAGUGCAAGCAGGAGGGGGGAGAGAGGACAUUCCUGUCUUGUGCCCCUUUCUAAAGCAAUUUCAUCAGAUAAUGUAUUACUUGUGUAUAUUUUGGUUUUAGGACAUUUAUAUAAUAUGUUUAUUACAUUUUAUUAUUUCAGCUGGAAAGUUGAAAUCUUCUAAAGUUUUUAAUAGAAAAGGCCUUUCAAGAUGGUAGAAAGCCUUUUCGGCAUCAACAGCCAUUUUUGAUAAAUCUAUAUCUUGUUUUUUUGCCAUUCUAUUGCUUAUGAGCUUGGUUAUUCUUUUAUUGUCACAAUUUAUUAAACUUAUGGGUCUGUACUCAGCAGGGGACUCUCCAGAUUUUACUGGUUUUAAUAUAACUGAAAUAACUGUUUGAUACAUGGAACUAGGAAGCACUGAAUUGAGUAACGUGUGUUACUAUGGAUGCUAAAGCUAAUAGAUAACAUGAAAAGGGAGAUAUACUAGGGAUCCAAUGAGGUCUAAAUGAGCUAUCCCACCAUUCCCAGUAUUCAGUAUUGUUUGCACCUCUGUCUGUCUCCCGAUCUGCGGUCAGAUCGUCAUGACGCCCUGUUUGUGGUGGGUUCCCUGGAUGAGACUCUGGAGCUGAGGGGACUGCGCUACCACCCUAUCGACAUCGAGACAUCUGUGUCCCGGGCUCACCGCAGCAUUGCAGAGAGGUCAGAACACUGGGGGUCCCAGGAAACCUUACUAUUAUCCAUUGGUUUGUCUGUGUUUUCAUAAUUUGAGUGAGGUGUGUGUGUGUGCGUGCAUGUGUGUAGAUGCGCAUGUACGCAUGUAUCUUAGUCUGACAUUUGAUUAUAACCCCUUUCUCUCCUCUCUCUCUGUGUGUCCCAUGCAGUGCGGUGUUCACAUGGACCAACCUACUGGUGGUGGUGGCUGAGCUGUGUGGCUCAGAGCAGGAUGCCCUGGACCUGGUGCCCCUGGUCACCAAUGUGGUGCUGGAGGAGCACCACCUCAUCGUGGGCGUGGUGGUCAUCGUGGACCCGGGGGUCAUACCCAUCAACUCCAGGGGGGAGAAACAACGCAUGCACCUCCGGGACUCCUUCCUGGCUGACCAACUGGACCCCAUCUAUGUGGCCUAUAAUAUGUGA